AGGGUCAGCGUUCCGGGUUCGGACGCCGCCAACAAAACUACUCGCCGUCCGGGGCCGGUAGUUUUGUUUCGGGGGACUUUGGAUUCUUUGGAGGAGCUUCCGAGUGAAGGGAAUUCAACCGGGAGAAGGACGCGUCCCCCGCCCACCCCCCCACCUGUCCCCCCGUCCCCCCAUCAUCACCCCAGCCGGCGCCCUUGCGCUAACAAGGAGCCGAGCCAGCCGACAUGUCCGCGCAAGCGCCGACCUUCACGCAGCCGCUGCAGAGCGUCGUGGCACUAGCCACCAGCACCGCCGAACUCCUCGUGACAGCCGAGACGGCGCCACCCAACUUCCUUCAGAGACUUCAGAGCGCCUCGGUGCGGCAGGGCAGCCAGGUGCGCCUGAGCGUCCAGGUGACGGGCAUCCCGCCGCCCGACGUCAAGUUCUACCGCGAGGGGGCCGAGAUCCAGAGCUCGGCCGACUUCACCAUCGUCCGGGACGGGGACCGCUACGGCCUGCUGAUCGCCGAGGCCUUCCCGGAAGACUCGGGCACGUACUCGGUGACGGCCGCCAACGCCAGCGGCCGGGCCACGUCCACCGCCGAGCUGCUGGUCCAGGGCGAAGAAGCCGUCCCCGCCAAGAAAACCAAGACCGUCGUCGUUGCCGCCUCUCAGAUCGGAGUGCGUAAGAUUGAGAGCGGCUUCCAGAGCAGCGUGAUGGAGAUGCAGGCGGAAGGCGCCGUGAUCAGCCAGCACCUGGCUCGCAGGACUCCCCCGAGGGUGCCCCCGAAGCCCACGUCCAGAUCGCCGCCCGCCUACUUGAGCAAAGUGACCGGCGGACGCCAGCAGUCGCCGUCGCCCGUCCGCCACGUGAAAGGACCUGCGCCUGCGCCCGUCAGAUCCGUGUCGCCCUCCGCCCGACCGUCCGUCUCGCCCAUCAGACACGUCAAGUCGCCCGUCGUCACCCGGAAGCAGGUGUCGCUGUCGCCCGAGGUGCCGCCGCCCUGGAAGCGCGCCGACUACUCGGCCCAAGCGGGCUACGCCGUCGCCGGCGGGCUGCGGGUGGACCAACAUUGGGAGCAACAAGUCACCACCGUCGUCAGAGAGGCCGAGCAAGCGUCCCAGGCGGGUCGCAGCGUCGCCGUGGCGACGGUGGUGGCCGCCGUGGAUCAGGCCCGCGUCCGCCGGGGGCCGCCGGAUGCCGCCGAACAGGUGCAGACCGGCCAGCAAGUGCAAACGGUCGUCACGGAGGCGGCGGGUGCGGCCGAGACGCUCGUGCGGGACGCCGCCGCGGCGGUGGAGGUGAAGAAGCGGCUCACCGUAGAGAAGCAUUUCAAAACUGCGCCACCCGAACCCGUCGCCGCCGCCGCCGUUGCCGUCACCACGCACGUUGUCAGCACCCAAGUGGCCGUCGCGGCCGCCGAGACCACCGAGACCACCGAGACCACGCAGAUCGCCUUGACGGCCGCCUCCUCCCGCCGGGACGCCGGCGCGCCCUCGGCCCCGCUUCCGCAUUUCACCGUGGCCAAAGUCGCCGUCCCCAAAGCUGAGGUCACCCGCGAGGUGUCGAUGGCGGGCUCGGCCAUGGCCGCCCUGCACAAAGAGCUGUCGUCGCCCUCGGCGCCCAGAAAGGUCAUCAAGCCCGUCCAGUCGCCCAGUCCCGUCCGCCGGGCCGCGGCCGCGACCGCGGCGGAGGUCCGCGUGGCGCCCCCCUUCAAGGCGCCGGCGUAUCAGAGUCGGGUCGAGACGCGGGUGACGCGCCUCGAGGCCGAGGAGGAGUUUGAAGACUGGGAGCCGCAGGAGGCGGCGGCGGUGCCCCCCGGCGACCAGCAGGAGGCGGUGGUGCCGCCCACGCUGCUUGCCGGCCUGAAGGACGCGACGGUGACGGAAGGCGAGUCGGUGACGCUGGAGUGCCGCUUCGGCGGGCGGCCGGCCCCCGAGGUGGCGUGGUUCCGAGAGGACUACAGGAUGGAGAGCUCCGUCGACUUCCAGAUGGGCUACGAGGACGGCCGCGCGUGGCUGCUGAUCCGCGAGGCCUUCGCCGAGGACAGCGGCCGCUUCACGUGCGCCGCCGCCGGCCCGGCCGGCGCCGUCAGCACGUCCUGCAACCUGCUGGUCAAAGUUUCCGAGGAAGCCGAGAGCCGAGAGGAGACGACGGCCGUCGAGAGCGUUGCCGCGGAGGCGAGCGUCGGAGAGGCCGCCGCCCCCUUCUUCAUCCGCAAGCCGACGGUGCAGAAGCUGGUGGAGGGCGCCGCCGUGGCCUUCUGCUGCCGGGUGGGGGGCAGCCCCAGACCGCACGUCGUCUGGAAGAAGAACGGCGUUCUGCUCUCCACCGGAUACCGAUAUAAAGUCACCUACAAGAAAGAGACGGGCGAAAGCCAGCUGGAGAUCUCCAUGACGUUUGCCGACGACGCCGGCGAAUACUCCGUCUUCGCCAAGAAUUCUCACGGGGAAGCCUCGGCCUCCAUCAGCCUUCUGGAGGAAGAGGACUACCAAGCCUACGUGGCGCUGCACGAGGCGGCGUACAAAAGCCAAGUGACGACGACGACGGGUGCGACAGCAGAGGAGGAGGAGGAGGAGGAGGAGGCGACGACAACGACGACGAUGAUGACGACGGUCGAGGAGCUGUCCGCCCACGUGAGCGGCUACAAGAGAGGAGCACCCCCGAUGAGCUUCACCUCCGAAACGGAGUUCCUCAUUUCGGCCUUUGAAGAGCGGAUCAUCCAGGAGAUUGAGAUCCGCAUCCUGAGGAUCACUUACGCGGAACUGCUGCGGGAAGACGGCGAGCAGAUGGUGAGCGCGCCCGACGGCGAGGCCAUGGCGCCCACCUUUGACACGCUGGUGAAGAACUACCGCAUCGCGGAGGGAAUGGGCGUCACCUUCCACUGCAGGAUCGCCGGCGCGCCGCUGCCCAAGAUGGCCUGGUACAAAGACGGCGAGCGCAUCCGCGCCGGCGGGCGCUACCAGCUGGAGGUUCUUCAAGACGGGCGCGCCAUCCUGCGACUGCCCGCCGUUCUGCCCGAGGACGAGGGCGUGUACACGGCCUUCGGCAGCAACGUGAAGGGAAACGCCGUCAGCUCGGGGAAGCUCUACGUGGAGCCUUCCGGAAGCGCGUCGCCCCGGAGAUACACGCCGCAGCCGGCCAUGCAGAGGAUCCAGUCGGAAUCCCCGCGCUUGCCGAGCCGCUCGCCGAGCCGCUCCCCGGGCCGCCCCGCCAGCCGCUCUCCCAGCCGUUCUCCCGGACUUUCUCCCGCCCGAAGGCUGGACGACACGGACGAGGCUCAGCUGGAGAGACUCUACAAGCCCGUCUUUGUUAUGAAGCCCACCUCGCUCAAAUGCUCCGAGGGGCAAACCGCCAGAUUUGACCUGAAGGUGGUCGGCAGACCCAUGCCCGACACGUACUGGUUCCACAACGGACAACAAGUCGUCAAUGACUACACGCACAAGAUGGUGGUGAAGGAGGACGGCGUUCAGUCCAUGAUCAUCGUCCCCGCCGCGCCGCAGGACUCCGGAGAGUGGACGGUCGUGGCUCACAACCGGGCCGGCCGCACCACCAUCACGGUGACUCUGACAGUGGAAGCCCAAGAGAGCUCGACGCGUCCCCGUUUCGUGGAGAAGCUGAAGAACAUCACGGUCAAACGGGGAACUCUGGUGGAGUUGGCCGUGAAGGCCAUCGGAAACCCGGUGCCGGACAUCGUGUGGCUGAAGAACAGCGACAUCGUCACCCCGCACAAGCACCCGCAAAUCAAGAUCGAGGGCACCAAGGGAGAGGCCAAGUUUCAGAUCCCGUCGGCGUCGGGCUCGGACAGCGCCUGGUACACGGCCACGGCCAUCAACCGAGCCGGCCGGGACACCACCCGCUGCAGAGUCAACGUGGAAACGGACUUUGCCGCACCGCUAGCCGAGAGGAAGCUGAUCAUCACCAAAGGGACCUACAAGGCCAAAGAGAUCGCCGCCCCCGAGCUGGAGCCCCUGCACCUCCGCUACGGCCAGGAGCAGUGGGAGGAGGGAGACCUUUACGACAAAGAGAAGCAGCAGAAGCCGCAAUUCAAGAAGAAGCUGACGUCCGUCCGGAUGAAGAAGUUCGGCCCCGCUCACUUUGAGUGCAGGCUGACCCCCAUCGGCGACCCCACCAUGGCGGUGGAGUGGCUCCACGACGGCAAGCCCCUGACCGGUUACCCCGCGCCCAAGGUCAACUGGUACCUCAACGGACAGCUCAUCCGCAAGAGCAAGCGCUACCGACUGCGCUACGACGGCAUCUACUACCUGGAGAUCGUGGACGUCAAGUCCUACGACACGGGCGAGGUCCGACUGGUCGCCGAUAACCCUUUGGGAACGACGGAGUACGUCGUCAAGCUGGACGUCACGCAGAGGGAGGACUUCAGGUCCGUCCUGCGGCGGGCCCCGGAAGCCAAGGCGUCGGAGUCGCCGCACGACUCCGGCAGGGUCGGCUUCGGCGUCGCGAAGGUGGACCGACCUGCCGAGGGCGCGCCGGACAAAGAGGUGGUGAAACUCAGGAAGACGCAGAGGAUCGUUCACGAGAAAACCUCGGAGGAGUCCGAAGAGCUGAAGAGCAAGUUCAAGCGCAGGACGGAAGAAGGCUUCUACGAGUCCAUCUCUGCGGUGGAAUUCAAGGCUCACCGGAGGGAUGACUCCUACGAAGAUUUGUUGAGGAAGACCAAGGAUGAGUUGCUCCACCACCUUAAAGAGAAAGAGGAGGCGGAGAGGAAGAAGCUGGAGGAGCAGGGCAAGGUCACCAUCCCCACAAUCAAACCCGAGAGGCUCCAGUUAUCCCCCAGCAUGGAAGCCCCCAAGAUCCUCGAACGCAUCACCAGCAAGACGGUCAACCCCACGGACGAGGUUCGCUUUCGGCUGCGGGUGGUGGGCCGACCCGAGCCCGAGUGCCAGUGGUUCAAGAACGGCGUCGAGCUGGAGAAGUCGGACCGCGUCUACUGGUACUGGCCCGAAGACCAUUUGUGCGAGCUGGUCAUCCGAGACGUCACCCCGGAAGACUCGGCCAGCGUCAUGGUCAAAGCCGUCAACGUGGCCGGGGAGGCCUCCAGCCACGCCUUCCUGCUCGUGCAAGCUAAGGCCGCCGUGAGCUUCACCCAAAAUCUGGAGGACGCCGACGCCCAAGAGAAGGACACCAUGGUGACCUUCGAGUGUGAAACCAGCGAACCUUUCGUCAAAGUCAAAUGGCUGAAGAACAACGCGGAGAUCUUCUCCGGAGACAAGUACAGAAUGCACUCGGAUCGCAAGGUGCACUUCCUGUCCGUGCUGAUGAUCGAAGUGAGCGACGACGCCGAGUACGCGUGUGUCCUCGCGGACGACGACGGCAUCCGCACCGUGGCGAGACUUCACGUCCAAGGUGCCGCGCUGGAGCUGAUCAAAGCUCUGGAGAACAUCGAGGUUCCCGAGAGCUACGCUGGCGAGUUUGAGGUGGAGUUGUCUCGAGAGGACGCCAAGGGCGGCUGGUUCUUCGGCGACAGGGAGCUGUCUCCCGGCAACAAGCACGUUCUGUCCUCCCGGCGCGGAAGGCACACCCUGACCGUGAAGGACGUCAAGAAGGAGGACCAGGGCAAAUACACUUUUGUGUGCGGAGACUUGAAGACCAGCGCCUCACUGAGGAUGAAACUGCGUCCGGUGACCCUGCUGCAGCCUCUGUCCGAUCUGAGCGUCUGCGAGGGCGACAUCGCUCAGCUGGAGGUCAGGUUCUCCCAGGAGAACGUGGAGGGGACCUGGAUGAAGAACGGCCAGGCCGUCUCCGCCUCGGACCGCGUCCACCUGGUCGUGGACAAGGCCGUCCACAAGCUCCUGGUGGAGAACGCCGGGCCGGAAGACGCCGCCUCGUAUUCCUUUGAGGUUCCCGGCCACUUCAUCAGCACUUCCUGCAAACUCAGCGUUCAGACCAUUGAAAUCGUGGCGCCCCUGAAAGACGUGACUUCGGUGGAAGGCACCAAGGCGGUUCUGGAAGCCAAGAUCUCCGCUCAGAACGUGGCCUCGGUCAAGUGGUACCACGACGACAAGCCGCUGACGGCCGGCGAGCGCGUGCAGAUCGUGGCCAAAGGCGCCAAGCAGCGGCUCGUCUUCGGCAGAACCUUCGCCUCGGAUGAGGGGCGCUACAAGCUGCUGGUCGGGAAGGUGUCCACCGGCUGCCAUCUCACCGUGGAACCGAUCGAAAUCGUCAAACACAUGGAGGACAAAGUGUGCUCCGAGUCCCAAAAUGUCACCUUCCAAGUUGAAGUGUCCCACGCCGGUAUCGACCCGGUUUGGACCUUCAGGAGCCAGCAUCUUAAGCCUGGUCCCAAGUACAAGAUGGAGUCCAAGGACAAGACUCACUCUCUGACUGUCAUCGACACCAUGAAGGACGAGGAGGGAGAGUACGGCUUUCACGCCGGACAGAAGACGUCCGGCGCCACCCUCACCGUCUCCGGCGGCGCCAUCACACGACCUCUGACGGACGUGACGGUGGCCGAGUCGCAGACGGCAGAACUGGAGUGCCAGGUGGCCAACGCCGACGCCGAGGGCAAGUGGCUGAAGGACGGCAAGCCGCUGGACUUGGGCAAGAAUGUCAAGAGCGUGGCCGAGGGAGCCGUCCGUCGCCUCGUGGUCGCCGUCACUCGACCGCAGGACGCCGCCGAGUACACCUACCAAGUGGCCAACUCCAAAACCUCGGCCAACCUGCAGGUGGAAGCGGUGAAGAUCAAGAAGACUCUGCGCAACCAGACGGUGACGGAGAUGCAGGAGGCACUCUUCACGCUGGAGCUGACGCACAGCGACGUCAAAGGCGCCCGCUGGUUCCGCAACGGCGUGGAAGUGAGCGACGGCGACAAGUACGGCGUGAGCGCCCAAGGCGGCGUCCACGCGCUGCGCGUCCGGGCCUGCCGCGCGCAAGACGAGGACGUCUACUCCUUCAAACUGGGCAAGCUGACGGCCAGCGCUCGCCUCAACGUGGAGACCAUCAAGAUCGUGAAGAAGAUGAAGGACGUGACGUCGCUGGAGGGCGCCACGGCGUCCUUCGAGAUGAGCCUGUCUCACGACAACGUCCCCGUCCGCUGGAUGUUCAACGGCGCCGAGCUGACGCCCGGCGACUCCUGCAAGAUUCUGGUGGAGCGCAAAGCCCACAAGCUGGUUCUGCAGAACGUGGACAGCGCCAGCCAAGGGGAGUACACGGCCGUGGCGGGACACCUCCGGUGCGCCGCCAACCUCACCGUGCAAGCUCUGCGCGUGACCAAACCCCUGAAGAGCGUGACGGUGGCCGAGACGCAGGCGGCCACCUUCGAGUGCGAAGUGUCCCACUUCAACGUGCCGUCCACCUGGCUGAAGAACGGCGUGGAGAUCCAGAUGAGCGACAAGUUCCGCGUGGUGGUGCAGGGCAAGCUGCACCAGCUGAAGAUCGUGAACACCAGCAGGGCCGACGCGGCCGAGUACACCUUCGUGUGCGGCAACGACCGCGUGUCCGCCACGCUCACCGUCAGCCCCGUCCUGGUCACCUCCAUGCUGAAAGACCUGAACGCUCAGGAGCGGGACACCAUCACCUUCGAGGUCACCGUCAACUACGAGGGCAUCACCUACAAAUGGCUGAAGAACGGCGUGGAGAUCAAGUCGUCCGACAGGUGCCAGGUCCGAAGCCGGCAGCUGACCCACUCGCUGACCGUUCGCAACGUUCACUUCGGAGACGGCGGAGAGUACCAGUUUGUGGCCGGCUCUGCGGCCAGCGCCGCCAACCUUUUUGUCGAAGCUCGUGUCAUCGAGUUCACCAAGAAAAUCAAAGACAUCAAGAUCACGGAGAAGAAGAAGGCCGUGUUCGAAUGCGAGCUGUCGGAGCCCAACGUCCAGGUCGUGUGGAUGAAGGACGGCCUGGAGCUCGACACGUCCGAGGAGAGGUUCGUGGUGACGGCCGAGAAGUACGUCCACCGCCUCAUGAUCCAGACGGUGCGCAUGUCGGACGCCGGCGAGUUUUCGGUGGUGGCCGGCUCCAGCGUGUCCAAGGCCCGACUCGCCGUGGAAGGCCGCGACAUUCGCAUCUCGGAGCCCGCCGAGCGACACGUCACGGUUCUGGAGAAACACCGCGCCACUUUGGAGUUUGAGGUGAACGAGGACGACGUGGAAGGGCGCUGGCUGCGGAACGGCGUGGAGAUCCACUUGUCGGAGGAGGAGCGCUUCAGCUACGUGGCCAUCAGGAGGCUCCACCGCCUCACCAUCUCGGAAACUUUUCGGAGCGAUGCCGGCGAGUACGCCUUUGUCGCCGGGAAGAACACCAGCGCUGUCACCUUGAGAGUCAACAUCCCCGAAGCGCCUCAAAUCCUGCGCCACAUGGAGGCCCAAUCGGUGGAGGCGGGCAAGCCCGCUCGCUUCUCCGUGGCCGUGAGCGGCGUCCCUCAGCCUCGUGUCUUUUGGUACAAGGACUCUCAGGCGCUGUCGCCGGGCUUCAAGUGCAAGUUCUUGCGUGAUGCCCAAGAGCACACCCUGCUGCUCAUUGAGGUUUUUGCGGAGGACGCCGCCAUCUACAACUGCGAGGCCAAAAACGACUACGGCGUGGCCACCAGCACCGCCACGCUCACCGUGGAAGUGCCGGAGGUGGCUUCCCCAGAGCUGCCCGAGAUUGUUGCCCCGCCCGUCGUCAUCUCGCCCAUGGCCAGCACGUCCACCUUGGAGGGACAACCGGCUCGCUUCCAGUGCAGAAUUGGCGGAGACGAUGUCAAGGUCAGCUGGUUCCACAAGGACAAGGAGAUCAAGCAGUCGGAAUUCUUCAGGAUCUCUCAGUUUGAUGACAGCUGUCAGCUGGAGAUCGCCAAAGUUUACCCGGAGGACGAGGGCGAGUACGCCUGCGUGGCCGUCAACAGCGGCGGGACCGCAUCCUGCUCCGCCACCCUCACGUUGGACGUGACUCAAGAGCGAGAGGAGAUCGAGACCACCAUUAAGCAGGAGGUGAAAGUGCCACCCAUCUUUAAGCAGAGAAUCGCCCCUCUGGAGAUAAACGUCGGCAGCCGUGCCAUAUUUGAGUGCGAGAUCGAGGAGGCCCCCAGCGUGACCUUCAAGUGGUACAAGUCCGGUGUGGAGAUCAAGCAAAGCAAGAAGUACCGCAUCAUCACCCGGGACGAUGGAUCUUGCCUGGAAGUCUUGAACCCUGUCAAAGCCGACAGUGGAGAAUUCAGCUGCAAGGCCACCAACCAGCACGGCGUCGCCAGUUGCAGCGCCUCUCUGGCAGUCACUGAACCACCUGAGUUUGUGUUGAAACUCCCGGCCAGUAAGUGUGUGAAGCGGGGCGAGCCACUGCGCCUGGAGUGCAGGGUCACCGGUACCGGACCCAUCAAGGUGACCUGGUACAAGCAGGACACCAAGCUAACGGACAGCGGCAACUGUAGCACGUCGUUCGUGGACUCGGUGGCCACCCUGGAGCUGCGCAGCGCUGGCUUUGACGAUGACGGAGUGUACACGUGCGAAGCUCAUAGCGACGCCGGCAGUGUCAGCUCUAGCGCCACCGUGACUGUGCAAGACCCGCCAUCAUUUGUGAAACUACCGGAACCGGUAGAGGGGCUGAAGGGGAAGGAUGUGAGUCUCUACUGCGAGAUGAGCGGCACAGCCCCCUUCCAGACUGCCUGGUUCAAGGAGGGCAAGCCCCUGAUGCAGAGCAGAAAGCACAAGAUGUUGAGCGCGGGCAACUCGGCCACGCUGCACAUCAUUGGGCUUGAACCCGCCGACGCCGGCCGCUAUGAGUGCAAGGCAUCAAACCCCGUCGGCAGCGACACCUGCCAGGCGUCAGUUAAACUCAGAGAGCCUCCGUCCUUCACGGAGAAACUGUCCAAUGCGACGGUGGUUCUGGGACAGGAGGUGAGUCUCUUGGCCACCGUCGCAGGCUCCGAACCCAUCGCCGUGUCCUGGGUUCUGGGCAAGGACCACAUACUUAGGGACGACGACAACAGAAAAAUCAGCUUUGAGAACCAGCGGGCGUCUCUCAAAGUCUUUUCGGCUGACUCAGCCACAGCCGGCCGGUACACCUGUCAGCUGCGCAAUGACGCCGGGAGUACCGAGUGUUUUGCAAACGUGACUGUUCUAGAACCCGCCAAGAUUGUGGAUAAGCCCGAAAGAUUGAGCGUGACAGCUGGCGACGUUGCCGCCCUGGAAGUCAAAGUGUGCGGCACCCCAGAGCUGGUGCCCAAGUGGUUCAAGGAUGGCGUGGAACUGGCCUCUGGCAGGAAAUACUCAAUUUCUUUCUCCCGGAUGAUCUCCCGCCUGAACGUGCUGGCUGCGGAGAAACUGGAUUCUGGAGAAUACACAUUUCAGGUCAUGAACGAGGUCGGGAAGGACCUGAGCAAAAUCAGUCUGACUGUUUUAGACAAAAUUGUCCCGCCUUCCUUCACGAGAAAACUGAAGGACUGUAACACGGUGGUGGGCAAAGCCGGCGAGAUGGAGUGCAAGGUGUCGGGCUCGACCCCUUUCACCAUUUCCUGGUACCGCGAUGACGAGGAACUCCGCAGCGGGCCCGCCUGCGACAUCUCCUUCAGUGACAACAGCUGCACCCUCAGGCUACCAACCCUCAAGCUGUCCGACUCGGGACGCUACAGGUGUAAGGCCGUCAACGAGGCGGGAUCCAGUGAGACAAGCGCCACCUUGGACGUCAAAGAGCCGCCGUCUUUCGUGGUUGCGCCGGAGCCGGCCGAGGCCACGCCGGGCUCGGAUGUCGCCUUCUCGGCCAUCGUAAAGGGCAGCGCCCCCCUCAGGGUGAAGUGGUUCAGGGGGGCCGCGGAGCUGGAAGCCGGGCGGGACUGCGACUUCUCGCUGAAGGACAACCGGGUCCUCCUGCAGCUCUACCGGGUGGACAGGAGUCACGCCGGGGAGUACACGUGCCAGGUCGUCAAUGACGUGGGCCAAGAGAGCUGCCCCGUCAACCUCCUGCUCAAAGAGCCGGCUUUGUUCGUGCAAAAGCUGAAGGACGUGUCUGUGGAGAAAGGCAAACCUCUGAGGCUGGAGUGUACGUACUCGGGGACGCCCGAGAUCUCGGUGAGCUGGUUCAAGGACGAGCAGCCGGUGUUUGCGUCGUACAAAUACAACCUGAGCACGACGGAGAGCGCCUGCAUCCUGGAGUGCCUCAGCACAGAGGACAAGGAAGCCGCCGGAAAGUACGCCUGCCGCGUGGCCAACGAUGCCGGCAAGGAUGAAUGCCGGGCCGCCGUCACCAUUCUGGAGCCGCCGUACUUCCUGGAGCCCCUGGAGCCCAUGGAGGUGACGUCCGGCGACGCCGUCUGCCUCAAGUGUCACGUGGCGGGCACCCCCGAGGUCAAAGUGUCCUGGUUCAAGGGCGAUGGCAAGGUGCGCUCCAGUGACACCUGUAGGCUGGAGUACGGCAAAGGCGUGGCCUGCCUCAAACUCAGCAAGGCCACCAAGGCCGACGUGGGCGAGUACACCUGCAAGGCCGAGAACAAGAUCGGGACGGCCGCCUCCACGUGUCGCCUCAGCGUUCAAGAGGCCAAGACCCCGCCGAGCUUCCCGAAGAAGAUCGUGAGCCUCCAGCAGACGUUGGGCUCUACGGUCCGUUUCGAGUGUCGCGUGGCGGGCUCGUCCCCUCUGGACGUUUCCUGGCUGAAGGAUGGCGAGCCGGUGCGGGACGGCGAUGAAUUUUCGGCGCUCUACCACGACAACACAGCCGCGCUCACCAUUACCCGCAGUGAGAUGAGGCACGCCGGGGAAUACGCCUGCGUGGCCACCAACAGUGUCGGCUCAGCAUCGUGCAGAGCAAAGCUCACCCUGCUAGAACCGCGGUACCCGCCGGUCUUCGACAGGAAGUUGUCGGCGACGCAGGCGGUGACGGUGGGCGAAAGCGUGGAGCUGGAGUGUCACCUGACCGGCUCCGUCCCCAUGAAGGUGACCUGGUCCAAGGACCACAAGGACAUCCGCAGCGGCGGGAAUUACAGGAUCCGCACGGAGGAUAACACCGCCCAGCUCAGCAUCGUCAAGGCCGACAAAGGCGACACGGGAAGAUACUCCUGCCACGCCACCAACGAUGUCGGGAAGGACUCCUGCUCCUGUGAUGUCACAGUCAAAGAGCGAAAGAACCCUCCGAUAUUCACCAAGAAGCCAUCUGAGGAACUGGAGGACAUCGAGGGCCGCCUGGUCAAGAUGGAGGCCCGGGUGUCCGGGUCCCAGCCCAUGUCCGUCCUCUGGCUCAAGGACGGCGCCGACAUCUCGGCCUCCGACGAUUACGACUUUAGCUUUAAGAGCAACGUGGCCGUGCUUUGCAUCAAGAACAGCCAGCGCGAUCACAGCGGACGAUACAGCUGUCAAGCGACCAAUGAGGCGGGACAGGCAGAGUGCGGCGUUACCCUCAAAAUCUCUGAGGCGAAGUCUGCCCCGGUGUUUGACGUCCCUCUGAAGUCCACGGCCGUGACCGAGGGCGAGCGUCUGAGCCUGCGCUGCCACGUCCGCGGCUCGCCUCCUCUCCGGAUCCAGUGGAUGAAAGACCGAAAAGAGCUGACGCCGUCCGCCACGUCCGACGUCACCUUCUCGGACGGGACGGCCUGCCUGGAGAUCGCCGCGGCGACCCGUCGCGAUGCCGGCGACUACAUCUGCAAGGCCGCCAACGACGCCGGAAGCGAGCUGUGCCGCGCCAAAGUCACUGUCAAGGAAAAAGAAGCCGAGGUGACGGAUGCGUUUGCUGAGGUCUCUCCCACCAAGAAGCUGGACCAGCUUUUCUUCAUCCAGGAGCCCAAGGGCACGCACGUCACCGAGAAGGGCACCGCCACCUUCAUCGCCAAGGUGGGCGGCGAGCCCAUCCCCAGCAUCAAGUGGAUGAAGGGCAAGUGGAGGCAGUUGACCCAGGGCGGCCGCAUCUCCAUCGAGCAGACGGCCCGGGAGUCCAAACUGGAGAUCCGCGAGGUGACCAAGUCGGACUCCGGCCAGUACCGCUGCGUGGCUUCCAACGCGCACGGCGAAAUCGAGUGCGCCGCAGACCUCCACGUCGAUGAGAAAAAGGCGGCCGCCCAGCUAGAAGGAGACCUGAGAGCCAAGCUCAAGAAGACCCCGUCCAAACAGAAGAGCCCCGAGGCGGAUGAGGACAUUGACAUUAUCGAGCUGCUGAGAAACGUGGACCCCAAAGAGUACGAGAAGUACGCCCGCAUGUACGGUAUUACCGACUACCGGGGUCUCCUCCAGGCCAUUGAGCAGCUCAAGCAGGAGAAGGGUGAAGAAACUGGAAGACAAGAAGUGGAACGUGCACCAAGAGAGGUGGACGAGGACAUGGCCAGGCUGGUGGCCGACCUGCAGAAGAGGAUGGAGCGGACAGAGCCCGUAACUGUGGUGAAGGACAUCUGUGACCAGUCCGUCCUAGUGGACGAGGAGGCUCUGUUUGAAUGUGAGGUGAAGAUCAACUACCCCGAAAUCAUGCUGUCCUGGUACAAGGGCACCCAGAAACUGGACACCGGCCUCAAGUACCACAUCAGCGUGAGUGGAGAGCGCCAUCUGCUGAAAGUUAAGGGUUGCCAAGUCGCGGACCAGGGCAACUACCGGGUGGUGUGUGGACCUCACAUCUCCAGUGCCAAGCUCACCGUUACCGAGGCUGUGGUGGAGACGCACCUUCAGGACACGUCGGGUAAGGAAGGCCAGUCAUGUACUUUGUCUUGUCAGUUGUCCAUCCCCAAUGCGGAAGCGCAGUGGUUUAAGAAUGGCCAGGAGUUAGACACCAAGCGGGGCAGGUUCAAGACUGAGGUCAAACACAAGCUUCAGAAGCUUCAUAUCAAGGACUUGAAGCCCGAAGACCAGGGCCGCUACACCUGCAGGUACCUGCACCUGCAGUCCUCUGCGGACCUCUGGGUGGAAGCUGAGCAAAUUCAUUUCACCAAGCGCAUCCACAACGUGGAGGUGAACGAGCGUCAGGCGGCCACCUUCGAGUGCGAGGUGUCCUUCGACAAUGCGGUGGUGUCCUGGUACAAGGACACCUGGGAGCUGAGAGAAAGCCCCAAGUACAACUUCCGCAGCGAAGGCCGAAGACAUUUCAUGGUCAUCCAAAACGUGAGCGUGGAGGAUGAAGGCGUGUACUCCGUGAUUGUGAGGUUGGAACCCCGGGGCGAAGCAAAGAGCAGCGCUGAGCUCUAUUUGUCUGGCAAAGAGAUCCAAUUAGCCAUGGUUCCCUUUGAUGUACAAGACGUUCCUGUGGAGAGGCCCGAAGCGCCUUCGUCGGUGGACGUUCAAGAAUCUGCUGAGUUUUAUCAUUAUGAGGAAGAAAUUGAGCCUGCAGUUACCGUCCAGGAAAUAUUGGAGAGCCAGGAAGUGGAAGUGAAAGAGGAAAUGCUUUCCAGAGUGGCCAAAGGCCAGGAGGAGCAGAGAGUGGAGCUAGCAGCAGAAAAGGAAGAAGCGGCCCCCCCGCAAGUGACCAAAGUGGCAGAGGAGGUUCGAAUGGAGAAGAAGAAGAAAGUCCUCACCCCGGUUAAAGAACCAGAAGAAGUCGCACAGCUGCCGCCACUGCAGGAGCCAACGAAAGACGAGCCCAAGUCGCCUGUACUGGCAGAACCUAAAAAGCUUCCACCUGAAGUCAAGACGGUGGUGAAGCCCGAUCCCGAGCUGGAGCUCAAAGUCAAGCCAGUGGCAAAGCCUGAGCCGGAGCCCAUCGUCAAGCCAGUGGUAACGCCUGAGCCUGAGGUUGAGCCAGAGAUUAAAGUCAAACCGGUGGCGAAGCCCAAACCGGAGCCUGAACCGGAGCCCAAAGUCAAGACGGUGGCGAAGCCCAAACCAGAACCCGAGCCAGAGCCCAAAGUCAAGCCGGUGGCGAAGCCCAAACCGGAGCCCGAGCCAAAGCCCAAAGUCAAGCCGGUGGCAGAGCCCAAACCGGAGCCCGAGCCAAAGCCCAAAGUCAAGCCGGUGGCAGAGCCCAAACCGGAGCCCGAGCCAAAGCCCAAAGUCAAGCCGGUGGCAGAGCCCAAACCGGAGCCCGAGCCAAAGCCCAAAGUCAAGCCGGUGGCAGAGCCCAAACCGGAGCCCGAGCCAAAGCCCAAAGUCAAGCCGGUGGCAGAGCCCAAACCGGAGCCCGAGCCAAAGCCCAAAGUCAAGCCGGUGGCAGAGCCCAAACCGGAGCCCGAGCCAAAGCCCAAAGUCAAGCCGGUGGCAGAGCCCAAACCGGAGCCCGAGCCAAAGCCCAAAGUCAAGCCGGUGGCAGAGCCCAAAGUCAAGCCCGUGGCGGAGUCCAAACCGGAGCCCGAGCCAACGCCCAAAGUCAAGCCGCUGGGGGAGCCCACACCGGAGCCCGAGCCAGAGCCCAAAGUCAAGCCGGUGGCAGAGCCCAAACCGGAGCCUGAGCCAACGCCCAAAGUCAAGCCGCUGGUGAAGCCCACACCGGAGCCCGAGCCAGAGCCCAAAGUCAAGCCACCCGAGCCAGAACCCAAAGUCAAGCCCAUGACAAAACCCGAGCCUGAGCCAGAGCCCAAAGUCAAGCCCGUGACAAAGCCCAAGCCAGAGCCCGAGCCAGAGCCCAAAGUCAAGCCGGCGGUGAAGCCAAAGCCGGAGCUCGAGCCUGAGCCAAAAGUCAAGCGGGUAGCAAAGCCCGAGCCAGAGCCCAAAGUCAAGCCCGUGGCUAAGCCCGAGCCAAAGCCUGAACCAGAACCUGCACUGCCUAAAGUUCCUGUUGUGGCAGAGAAGAUAGAAGAACCAAAAACAGCAAAGAAAGCCGAACCUGUUCUGCUUCCUCCCAAAGAAGAGCCAGCCGAGCCAAAAAGAGGUUUGGAAACUCAGCAAUUUGUCAAGGCGCCACCUUCGGAGGGUGAACCAGAGAAGAAAGUAUCUCCUCCAGAAAAAGAGAGGCCAGUCAGGCUUGAGCAGCGUCAGGAAGUGCAUCACGUGAUGGAGACGGAGCCUUUCACCGAGGAAGCUUCGUCUUAUGAGGCCGAGCGAGAAGACAGAGCCCAAGUUUCGUAUGAGAAGGCCUUGUGCCCGGUGGGACAAGUGAAGGUUUCAUUGACUGAGACCCGCACGAAACGGUCUAAACCUCGAGAAGAGAUAUCUGCUCCUGACAGGAAGGAGACUGCUGUGAUUACUGAGAAAGAAGAAGAGCUUAAGAAAGAGCAGCGGACUACCAAAGAAGUUAGGGCUGAAAGCAAAGAUGAGGAACAGGUCGUGGCAGUCAGGAAAGAAGCCAAGGCGACGAUCCGGAAAGAAACCAAGGAAGCUAGUGUCAAACCCUCGAUGGUGAAACAGGAAAUAGUCGUCGAGGCGCCCCACCGAGACCGUGUUGACAUCGCUGCAUCUUCUGCACGAGACAAAGGAAGCCGCAGUCCAGAAGACCAGGUGGUAGAAUCAGACAAUGUUGUAGCUAAAGAUGAACAAUUAGCGGUGAGUCACCAGGUAGCUGAGAAAAAGCAAGAGAAUAUUCCACUGAUUGAAGCAAAAAUGAAAGCAGAAGCACCGGUCUCGGUGCCAGAUAUCCCGUCCCAGCAAAUGCGUCGUAAGGACAAAACCCCAAAGAAAGACUCAAGUCUUCGGACUGGAACAUUAAGAAAAAGCCAAGAGAAAGAAGACAAAGCUGCUGACCGAGAAGCUGACAAGUUUCCCGCCGUUGUGGAGAGACUGGAAAAAGAAGCUGAGAGAGCUCCGGUGGAGGAGUUGCGACCACCGGUCAAGCAACUGGCAGUCAAGCCGGCUCAACCCACAGAAGAACGGCAAGCACCUAUACCGGCGGAUGUCAAAAAGCCAGAUGAGGGUGAGCAGCUCCAAAAAAUCACGACCACGCCAGUGAUCAAGCCGCUUGUAAAGGCUGAAGAGCCGACCGCGAUGGUUGUGGAGGAAGAAAAACCUUUGAUAUUGACCCCUCAGACAGAUGAAACCAAGGGACCAGUUCAAGCACCAGCAGGAGUCAAGAAAGAACCAGCCCUGCUAAAAAAAGGUAAAGUUCCCCUGGAAGAGACAGGGACCUUUGAGCUUCCGACUCUGAGAAAAACCACGCCGGUCACGAGGGAAGAGGUGGAGCCAGAGCAGGAAAAGGUCUUUCUCAAGAAGGUCCCAUUGGUAUCACCUAAAGAGGUUGAGAAGGAGCAGAAACUUCGAGAGGCCACCCAGACCACGCAAGUUGACAUUGUCGAGCUGGUGCAUAAAGAACACGAAGUUGAGAUGAAGGUUACCACUGCGAGGUCCUUUGAGGAGAGAACACCGCGAGACAAAGCAGAGGUGGAGAAAAAGCAGGAAAUUCCAAGGCCGGAACCAGAACUAGGAAAAGAAGAAGAGAAGCCUAAAUGGCGCCAUCAAAAAGGAACUCCAAAAGACGAUAAACCGGAAGAAACCAUUUCAUGGAAGAAAACUCCCAAAGCUCCAAAGGAGGAGGAACCAGCCCCUCCUACUGUUGCCUUGAAAAAAGUGAAAAAACUGCCUUCCGAUGAACAAGAACAAGAAGUUGUCAAACUAAAACCCUUUGAGAAGCCAGUUAAAGCUACCGAAGAGCCAGAGAAGGCUAAAGACGACACACCAGACAGGGACACCGUAGCUUUCCAAAAGGGAACCAAGAUCCCCAGGGAGACUGAGGAAAAGGAACCUCCAAAGAUACCUCAGAAAACACCAGCCGAGGUCAGGGAGCCCCCAGCGAAGGUGCCAAAGCCAGUACCUACGGAAAAACCUGAGGAGCAAGAAGCUCCAGCACCAGUAAAGGCAAAGAAAACCCCUGCAGUACAGCCAGAGCCAGUGCCAGAGAAGGUCAGUCUCAAGCCUUUCGCUCGACCUUCAACUGAAGCUGUUGAACCUGAGAAGAAACCGUCAGCGAUUGAAGGGAAGGAACCAGCAGAAGAUCUGCACAAGGAACAUGUUAGCCCUGAGGACCAGCCUGAAGUGAAAGUACCGGCUGAUACACCCAAGAAACCCGAGACCCCCCAAGCAGAAGCGGAAAAACUGGAGAAACUGAAGAGGCUUGAGCCUGCAAAGAAGAUUCCCUCUCAAGUGCCAUCUACUUUGAAGAAAGCGGAUGAAGUUCUAGAGGAGCCAAAACCACUGCAGUUAAGGAAGGCAGUCACGCCCAAGGCCAAGGACCAAAAAGAGGUGCCUUUGACACCUCUAGAACAAUUCAAGAAAAUUCAGCUGAAAAAGACACCACCAAAAGUUGAGAAGACUAAAGAAGCCGAAAAAAUUCCUGCCGCCGCUAAACUCAAAAAGACUCCCAAAACAGUUUCCCCGACGGUCUCCCCAGAAGCAGCAGCCCCUCUCAAAAAAGUAUCCAAAACGCCCUCGCCGGAAGAUCAAGACGUCGCAAAGCCUCCAAAAGAAAAGAUUCCUCUAUUCAAGGAAAUUUCUCCCGGAGCGGUCGAGAUGACAAAAGUCGCUACCCAGCCCGAGGAAGAGGUCUUUGAGGAGGACUUCGGGUUGCCCGAGGAGGCAGAGACAGAAGAGGAAGAGGCCUGGGGCUGGGAACUGGUUCCUGAUGACGACUGGGAAGGUGAAGUGGAGGAGGGCGCCUUGGAGGUGCCGGGGGCGACCAGGAGAGAGGGACAACCGGCAGAGGAAGCAGUGAGAGGGAGAGGAAGAGGUCUCAAACCCAAGCUGACGCCAUCGCCUGGUGAGGGCAGGGGUCGUGGCCUCAGGCCUGCCGGAAGGGGCACUCCUCCACCCCCGGAAGAGCCUUUUGGAGGAUACAAACUCAAAGCCGUGCCCCUCAAGUUCAUCAAGAAGCUGGAGGACAUCAUGCUGCUUGAGGCCGAGUCCAUUGGUUCUUCGGCCGUGUUCGAGUGCCAGGUGUCACCGUCCACUGCUGUCACGUCGUGGAUGAAGGACGGCAGCAACCUGCGCGAGAGCCCCAAGCACAAAUUCACCUCUGACGGCAAAGAUCGCAAGAUGAUGGUGAAAGACGUGCAGCUGUCGGACACCGGGGAAUACACCUGUGUCGCCAAGAACGCUGGCAAGGAAAUCACCUGUACCGCCAAGCUCAUUGUUGAAGAGCUCCCUGUAAAAUGGACCAAGGAAUUGGUGCCGGAGAUGUCGGCCGUGAAGGGUCAGCCGCUCUACCUGUCCUGUGAGCUGAACAAGGAGAGAGAUGUCAUCUGGAAGAAGAACGGCGAGCUCCUGAAGAAACAGGAACAUAAGUUCCAGAUCAAUAUCAUCGGCCUGGUGCACGCCGUCACCAUCCAAAAUGCCAUUGAGGAGGACGCUGGGUGCUACUCGUGCGAAGUGGCCAACCAGAAUGAGUUGAAGACGUCGACGAAUGUUAAAGUGACCGAGGUCAUCAAAGAUUGGCUUGCAAGGCCUCUUAGGGACCAGCAUGUGAAACCGAAGGCGACUGCCACCUUUAGAGGCGAGCUGUUUAAGGACACGCCCAACUGGAAAUGGCUGAAAGGAGACAAGGAGCUGACUCCCUCCGACAAAGUGGAGAUCAACAAGGAUGGGAAGAACGUGACGUUGACCAUCAAGAACUGCCAGCCUGACGACGUGUCGGACUACUCCGUGGAGGUGGAGGGACGUGUCUACGCCGCCAAGCUGACUCUAGGAGAGCGUGAGGCGGAGAUCUUGAAGCCGCUGGUCAGUGUGGAGGUGUUCGAGAAGGAAGAUGCUGCCUUUGAGACUGAAAUUUCUGAGGAUGACAUUCCAGGGCAAUGGAAGCUCAAAGGGGAGCCUCUGAUGAGAUCCCCGACCUGCGAGAUCCAAAUGGAGCGUGGCGUGCGCCAACUCAAACUUAAAAAGUGUCAAGUGGAGCAGUCGGGUGAGGUGUCCUACCAGGCACUGAACGCUCAAACAAGCGCAAUGCUCACCGUGAAAGAAAUCCCAAUGGACUUUGUCGAACCACUGAAGGACGUUAGCGUGCCUGAAAAGAAACAGGCCAAAUUCGAGUGUGCCAUCACCAGAGAUGUCGCCAAGGCCAUGUGGUACAGGGGCAGCGACAUCAUCACGCCAGACGCCAAAUAUGACAUCAUCCAUGAUGGCAAGAAACACAUGCUGAUCAUCAACUGCUGCGAGUUUGACGACGAGGACGAAUACAGGAUUGAGGUUUUGGGCAAAGAGUCCAAGGCGCGACUCACAGUGGAGGGCAUCAGGCUCAAACUGAUUUCGCCGCUCAAGGACCAAACGGUGAAAGAGGGCAGCACAGUUCUCUUUGAGCUGGAGCUCUCUCAUGAAAACAUUCCAGUCACCUGGUACAGGAACGAUGUCAAAAUCCAUCCGAGCCGAACGGUGCUCAAGCGCGUGGAUGGAAAGCGUCACGUGCUGGAGAUCAAGGACGUGACUCUAGAUGAUACUUGCCAGGUCAAGGCUGAGGCCAAAGGAGUGUCCUCCAUGGCUAACUUGACCGUCAUAGAGGGAGACGCUUACUUCACGGUCAAGCUGCAGGACUACACAGCGGUGGAGAAGGACAAGGUAGCGCUAGAAUGUGAGCUCAACAAGGAUGUUAAGGUGGUUUGGUACCACAAUGAAGAGGAAGUGAAGGCUUCCAAGGUGGUCGCCAUCAAGGCAGAGGGCACCCGCAGAAUGUUGCUCAUCAGGAAAGUCGCCGACGUAGACAAGGGACAGUACGUGUGUGACUGUGGGACGGACAAGACCACGGCAAGCCUUCACGUUGAAGCCCGACACAUCAGAGUGGUGCGGCCGGUGUACGGCGUGGAGGUGUUUGAGGGCGAGACGGCCCGCUUUGAGGUGGAGCUGAGUGAGGACGAUGUGCACAGCCAGUGGACACUGAAUGGACAAGUCCUAAGUCCGUCUCCUGAUGUGGAGAUGGUGGAGGACGGAACUAAGCACACUCUGGUGCUGUACAACUGCAAGGUGCCUCAGACCGGCGAAGUUUCGUUCAGCGCCGCUGACGCCAAGUGCUCGGCCAAUCUGAAAGUGAAGGAGAUUCCCAUCUCUUUCAUCACGCCACUGGCUGACGUCCGCGUCUUUGAAAAGGACGAUGCAAAGUUUGAGCUGGAGGUGUCCAGAGAACCCAAAAGCUUCCGUUGGUUCAAAGGCUCUCAGACACUGUCGAGCGAUGACAAAUAUCAGCUACUGCAAGACGGAAACAAACACGCUCUUGUCGUCAAAUCUGCCAGAUAUGAAGAUGAAGCAAAGUACCUGUUCGAGGCCGAAGACCAGAGAACAUCAGGGAAGCUGAUCAUUGAAGGUAUCCGCCUCGAGUUUCUCAAACCGAUCAAGGACGUGACGGUGAAGGAGCGGGAGACGGCCGAAUUCAGCGUGGAACUCUCCCACGAAAACAUCCCGGUGCUUUGGUACAAAAACGGUGCACGCCUGCACCCCGGCAAGUUGGUGCACAUGUCAGAGGAGGGUAGAGUCCACACGCUGGCCUUCAAGGAGGUCUCUAUCGAUGAUACCUCCAUGAUCAAAGUGGAGGCCAUGGACAAGAUGUCCGAGGCCAUGCUCACCGUGCUGGAGGGCGACCUCUACUUCACGUCCAAGCUCCAAAACUACACCGCAAUCGAAAAGGAUGAGGUGGUGCUCACCUGUGAGCUGAGCAAAGCCAGCGGCGAGGUCCGCUGGUUCAAAGACGGGAACGAACUCUUUGCCUCCAAGAACAUUCUGAUGCAGUCCGACGGCAGGAAGCGCAUCCUCGUGAUCCGCAAGGCGGCCAAGGGCGACAUGGGAGCCUUCACGUGCGACUGCGGCACGGACAGAACCACAGCCCAGCUCAACAUCGAAGAGCGCGACAUCAAGGUGGUGCGACCGCUCUACAGCGUGGAAGUCACCGAGACCGAGACGGCCAAGUUUGAGACCGAGAUCUCCGAGGAGGACCUCCACGCCACCUGGAAGUUGAAGGGCGAGAUCCUUCAACCGACUGCCGAUGUGGAGAUCAAGGAGGAAGGCGUCAAGCACACUUUGAUCCUCUUCAACUGCCGCAAGGACAUGACGGGGGGCGUGGACUUUGCCGCUGCAAAUGCAAAAUCAUCCGCUCAGCUGCGCGUCAAAGCCCGCGUGGUUGACCUGAUGCGGCCGUUGAGCGACGUGGAGGUGACGGCCGGCGAGACGGCCACCUUCGAAUGCGAGCUUUCCUACGAGGACAUUCCCGUGGAGUGGUUCCUGGAGGGCGUCAAGCUGGAGCCCAGCGACCGGGUGGUACUGAAGUUGGAGGGCAAAGUCCAUAGCAUGACCCUAAGGGACGUUCAGCUGCAUGAAGCGGGACAAGUUCGACUCACCACCAAAGACUGCCGAAGCGACGCCAGACUCAUUGUCAAAGAGCCACCGGUGGAGUUCACCAAGCCGCUGGAGGACCAGACGGUGGAGGAGGAGGCCACCGCCACUCUGGAGUGUGAAGUCUCCCGGGACAAUGCCGAGGUGUGCUGGUUCAGAGAUGGGCAGGAGAUCCACAAGAGCAAAAAGUACGAGAUGCUUGUGGACGGACGCAAAAGGACGCUGCUCAUCCACCGAUGCGCCCUGGACGACUCCUGGACCUACUCCUGCGCUGCCAAAGAAUUCAAGACCUCCUGCUUCCUCAACGUCGAACCUCUGCAUGCGGAGUUUUCCAAGCCACUCCAUGACUUGGAGGUGCCAGAGAAGGAAUCUGCCAGGUUCGAGUGUGAAUUAUCCCGAGAGAAUGUGAAGGUCCGCUGGUUCAAGGACGGGUGUGAAAUCCGAAAAGGGAAGAAGUACGAAAUUUCUGCUCUGGGACGCCAACACGUCCUUGUUGUGCACAAGUCGGUGAUGGAUGAUGAAGCCGAGUAUGAGUGCGACGCCAAGACCUCCAAGACCUCCGGCAUGCUUACUGUUAUCGAGGAGGAGGCCAGGUUCACCAAGAACCUGUCCAACGUGGAGGGAACCGAGACCGACAGCGUCAAGCUCAUCUGCGAAGUCUCCAAACCCGAGGCCGACGUCAUCUGGUACAAGGGCGACGAGGAGUUGCCGGAGGGCGGCCGCUAUGAGCACAUUGUGGACGGCAGGAGGAGGAUCCUCCUCAUUCAGGACCUGAAGAUGCCAGACGCCGGAGAGUACAACUGCCGGCUCAGUCCCAGGGUCAGAACCUCAGGAAACCUCAGGGUCAACGAACUGGCGGCCGAGUUUCUCUCCAGGCCUCGCAGCAUUGAGGUGGUGGAGGGCGAAAAGGCCGAGUUCACCUGCACCGUGUCCAAGGAGACCUUUGAGGUUAAAUGGCAGAAGGACGCCAAGGAGCUGGAGGCCGGGGACAAGUACCAGAUGAUCAGUGAUGGCAAGAGAAGGACUUUGGUCAUCACGAACUGUGAGCUCAGCGACGAGUGCAAGUACCUGGUCGCGAUCGGAGCCACCAAAGCCAGCGCCCAUCUGACGGUACUUGAGAAGCUGAGGAUCAUCACGCCGCUAAAGGACACGGAGGCCGGAGAAGGUCAGGAAGUGGUCCUGAAUUGCGAGGUGAACAAUGAGGGCGCCAAGGCCAAGUGGCUGAAAGACGAGGAGACGGUUUUCGAAAGCAGCAAGUACGUGAUGGGCCAGCGAGAUAACAUCUUCUCGCUGAGGAUCCGAGACGCGCAGCAGGGCGACCGAGCCAACUACAGCGUCCACCUAAGCAAUCACAGAGGAGAACAGGCCAAGAGCUCCUGCGCACUUGUCGUCAAAGAGGAACGUUUGAGGAUUGUGGUCCCUCCGGAGGACGUGGACACGCAGGAGAAGAAGACGGUCAGCUUCUCUUGCAAGGUCAACCGCCACAACGUAACUCUGAAGUGGCUCAAGGCCGGCGAGGAGGUGAUUUUCAGCAAGCGCCUCGUCUACCGGGUGGACAAAGACAAGCACACGCUGACCAUCAAGGACUGCACGUUGGCGGACGAGGGCGAGUACACGGUGGUGGCCGGCGACGACAAGUCGACGGCCGAGCUGAUCAUCAGCGAGGCGCCCGCCGACUUUGCCAUGCACUUGAAGGACCAGACCGUCACCGAGUUCGAGGACGCCGAGUUCUCCUGCAAGCUGACCAAAGCCAAGGUCGAGGUCAAGUGGUACAGGGACGGACGCGAGAUCAGAGAAGGACCCAGAUACACGUUUGAAAAAGACGGAAACAUGUGCUACUUGCGCAUCAAAGAGUGUCGACCGGACGACGAGUGCGAGUACGCGUGCGGCAUCGAUGACAAACGGUCCAGAGCCAGGCUCUUUGUAGAAGAGACCCCGGUGGAGAUCGUCAGGCCGCCGCAGGACAUUUUGGAGCCGCCCGGCUCGGACGUGGUGUUUGAGGUGGAGCUCAACAAGGACAGAGUCCAAGUCAAGUGGUUGAGGAACAACAUGACCGUCGUGCAGGGAGACAAAUACCAGAUGAUGAGCGAAGGGAAAGUCCACCGGCUGCAGGUCUCCGAGAUCCGUCCUCGAGACCAGGGCGAGUACAGAGUGGUGGUCAAGGACAAAGACGCCAAGGCCAAGCUGGAGCUGGCGGCGGCGCCCCAGAUCAAGACCACUGACCAAAACUACGUCACCGACUCGGGGAAACCCCUGGUCAUGACGGUCCCCUUCAGCGCCUACCCUCAAGCCAAAGCCGACUGGCUGUACGACAACUUGAGUCUGCCCCAGGAUAGCGUCUACACUUCUCCCGACUGCACAGAGUACCGGAUGAAGGACCCCAGAAAGUCUGACGAGGGUCGCUACAAGGUCAUCGUAAAGAACAAACACGGAGAGGGCGAAGCCCGCGUCAACCUGGACGUCAUCGAUGUCCCGGGGCCUGUGAGGAACCUGCAGGUCGUGGACACCGCAGACGGAGAGGUCAGCUUGGCGUGGGAGGAACCAGAGAACGACGGCGGAAGCAAAGUCAUCGAGUACGUGGUGGACAGACGGGACGUGAAACGCAAGACCUGGACGCUGGCCACGCAGCACGCCGAGAGCCCAGAGUACACCGUGACCGGACUCCAGAAGGACUCCAUGUACCUCUUCAGAGUCUGCGCCCGAAACCGAGUUGGCAGCGGACCCCACGUGGAAACGGACGAACCCGUCCAGGCCAAGAACAAGUUUGAUGUUCCCGAUCCUCCCCGUAACGUGACGGCGGGGAAGGUCUCCAAGUUUGGUUGCACCGUGUCCUGGGAGCCGCCCGAGUCGGACGGCGGCUCGCCCAUCACCUCUUACGUCGUGGAGCUCCGUGACAGGACGUCGGUCAAGUGGUCGCCGGUCCAGGUGACCAAGGCCGACGAGCUGAGCGCCGUGGUCAAUGACGUCAUUGAGAAUAAGGAGUACAUCUUCAGAGUCAAGGCGGAGAACAAAGCCGGCGUCGGAAAGCCGAGCGCCGCAACCAAUCCCGUCACGAUCAUGGAUGCUAUCGAGCCUCCCAGCCCGCCUCAAAACCUGGCAUGGCAGAACCAGAACAAGAGCUCCGUGCAACUGAGCUGGGAGACUCCGCUGAGUAAUGGCGGGAGCGUGAUUACUGGAUACAUCCUGGAGCGCUGUGAGGACGGAAGCGAUAAGUGGCUCCGCUGCAACACUCGCCUCUGCCCUGACCUCUUCUAUAAAGUGUCUGGACUCCAAUAUGGAACGUAUUACAACUAUCGCGCAUUCGCCGAAAACGCUGCCGGAAUCUCAGACCCAUCCAAUGUCAUCGGACCCCUGCUGGCCGACGACCCGCACACCGGACCCACCAUGGACCUGAGUGGCUUCAAAGACGGCCUGGAGGUGAUUGUUCCGAACGCUCUCACCAUCAGAGUCCCCAUCACCGGAUAUCCCGUCCCCGUCGCCAAGUGGACGUUCGGGGAGAGGGAGCUGACCGGUGCCGACGAACGCGUCAGGGUCACCACCAAGUCCACGUUUGCGGAGCUUGUGGUGACUCCCAGCGUCCGUCCAGACAAAGGCACCUACGCCCUGCAGCUGGAGAACGACGUCUCGUCCGUCUCCGGGGAGAUCGAAGUCAAUGUCAUCGCCGCUCCGAGCGCACCGAAGGACUUCAAGGUUCCGGAAGUGACCCGUGAGCAUGUUCGCCUGAGCUGGGAGCCUCCAGAGCACGACGGAGGAAGUCCUCUGACGGGCUACCAGGUGGAGAAACGAGAGGUUUCCCGCAAGACCUGGGUCAAGGUGGCUUCGGGCAUCCAGGAUCUGGAGAUGACCGUCACAGACGUGAUUGAAGGCAAGGAGUAUCUCUUCAAGGUCACGGCCUGCAAUAAGUGCGGUCCCGGAGAGCCGGCCUACAUCGACGAGCCUGUCAACGUCUCCUCUCCCGCCACCGUCCCUGACCCACCGGAGAACCUGCGAUGGAGAGACAAGUCGGCCAGUGGGAUUUUCCUGACCUGGGAGCCCCCCAGGUACGACGGCGGCAGUAGCAUCCGCGGCUACAAUGUCGAGCGCUGCAAGAGAGGAAGCAAUCAGUGGGAGCCCUGCGGAGACCUGGUCCCCGAACUCAAGUGCCAAGUCACCGGUCUGACUGAGGGCGAGUGGUAUUCGUACCGAGUCCGAGCUCUGAACCGACUCGGAGCCAGUCGGCCCUGCAAGGCCACCGAUGAAAUCCAGGCUGUAGACCCCAAAGAGCCACCAGAGAUCCAUCUGGACGCCAAGCUGCUUGCCGGUCUGACCGCCAAAGCCGGCAGCAGAAUUGAACUCCCCGCCGAGGUGACAGGCAAACCUGAGCCCCGGGUCAAGUGGACCAAGGCCGACCUGGUCCUCCAACCAGACGACCGAGUCAAUAUCUACACUACGCCGGGACACUCCACCCUCACCGUCUCCAAGACCAAGCGGGACGACAGUUCGACUUACAUCGUCGAGGCCACCAACACCUGUGGCCGAGCCACCGCCACCGUUGACGUCAACAUUCUUGACAAACCCGGCCCCCCCGCGGCCUUUGACAUUUCCGAAAUUACCAAUGUGUCCUGCUUCCUGGCCUGGAACCCGCCGCGUGACGACGGCGGCUCCAGAGUCACCAACUACAUCGUUGAGCGCCGCGCUGCCGACAGUGAGAUUUGGCACCGGCUCUCGUCCACCGUCAAACAGACCACCUACAGGGCGGUCGACCUGGUCAAGUUCAAGGAGUACAUUUUCAGGGUCUUUGCCGAGAACCAGUUCGGUGUGGGCCCACCAGCCGAACAUGAGCCCAUUAUCGCCAGAUACCCCUUCGACACCCCCGGCCCCCCUUACAAGCUGGAACCUUCAGACAUCGCCAAAGACUCGCUGACUCUCAGCUGGUAUGAGCCCGAUGAGGACGGGGGAAGCCCGAUCACCGGCUACUGGGUGGAGCGGUACGAGCCCGACCACGACCGGUGGAUCCGAUGCAACAAGCUGCCCAUCAAGGACACAAACUACAGGAUCAAAGGUCUUCCCACAAGAAAAAAGUACAAGUUCAGAGUCCUGGCUGAAAAUCUGGCCGGAACUGGAAAACCAAGCAGGGAAACUGAACCGAUCCUUGUGAAAGAUCCGAUUGAUCCUCCGUGGCCUCCUGGCAAACCGACCGUGAAGGAUGUGGCCAAGAGCUCCUGCUUCCUGAUGUGGACCAAGCCGGAGCACGACGGGGGCGCCAAGAUCGACGGCUAUGUCAUCGAGAUGCUUAAGAGCGGCACCACCGAUUGGAUCCGCGUGGCCGAGGGCGUCGGCAAGACCGAGUACUUCCUGAAGGGACUGAUGGAGAAGCAGGAGUACUCGUUCAGGGUGCGAGCUGUCAACGUGGCCGGGGAGAGCGAGCCCAGCGAGCCCAGCGACCCGGUCCUCUGCAAGGAGAGACUCAACCCCCCUUCGGCCCCGCGCUGGCUGGAGGUCACCGGCAUUAGCAGGAACAGCGCCGAGUUGAAGUGGACCGUGCCCGAGCGCGACGGAGGCUCGCCCAUCACCAACUACGUGGUGGAGAAACGGGACGUCCGGCGUAAAGGCUGGCAGGCCGUGGACACCACCGUCAAAGAGCUCAAGUACACGGUGGCGCCGCUCAACGAAGGCUCGCUCUAUGUGUUCCGCGUGGCGGCCGAGAACGCCGUCGGCCUCGGGCCCUUCUGCGAGCUGGAGGACUCCGUGCUUGCCAAGGACACUUUCACCACUCCCGGGCCACCGUACGCCCUCGCCGUGGAUGCCGUGACCAAAAGAUACGUGGACCUGCAGUGGGAAGCGCCCAAAAACGAUGGUGGCAGACCCAUCCUCAGGUAUUGCGUCGAGAAGAAGGAGAAGCUCGGAACCCGCUGGGUGAAGUGCGGAAAGACUUCCGGGCCGGACUGCAAGUACAGAGUGACCGACGUGAUUGAGGGAACAGAGGUUCAGUUCCAAGUCCGCGCCGAGAACGAGGCCGGAAUCGGACAUCCAAGCGAACCCACCGAGAUCCUGACCAUUGAAGACCCAACAGGUGUCCCGUCGCCUCCCGUCGAGCUCCACGUGACGGCCGCCAGCCGGGACUUCCUGUCCAUCGGCUGGAAGCCUCCGCAGAGGGACGGUGGCUCCCCCAUCACCGGUUACCACAUUGAGAUGUGUGAGGCUGGGACGGAGAAAUGGAUGAGGGUUAACUCUCGUCCCGUCAAGGAACUUAAGUACACCGUGAAAGAAGGCGUUGUUCCCGAGAAGGAGUACAUCUUGAGAGUGAGAGCCAUCAACUCUGUCGGAGUCAGCGAGCCCUCCGAUAUCUCUGAGAACGUCGUUGCCAAAGAUUCCGACUGCAACCCUACGCUAGAAUUCCAGACUCUGGACAUAGUUGUGGUGGAGACAGAGAAGCUGCACAUCCCGGUUCCCUUCAAGGCCGUUCCCUCACCCAAGGUCACUUGGCACAAAGACGGCAAGGAGCUGAAGGCCGACGACCGGCGCGGCUUCAGGAAAGAGUAUACUUGCUGUCACUUGGAGGUGGACAGUAGUCUUCACUCUGACGCGGGCCAAUACAAAGUGACUCUGGAGAAUAGGCUCGGAGCUGCCAGUGCCACUAUCAACGUCAAAGUCAUCGGUCUUCCGGGCCCAUGCAAGGACAUUGUAGCCUCCGAGAUCACCAAGAGCUCCUGCAAGGUCUCCUGGGAUCCUCCCGACUACGAUGGAGGCACGCCAAUUACUCAUUACAUCCUGCAGCGUCGCGAAGCCGGCCGGAGGACGUAUGUCACCGUGAUGUCCGGAGAGAAUAAAGUGAGCUGGAACGUCAAAGACCUCAUCCCCAACGGAGAGUAUUACUUCAGAGUCCAGGCCGUAAACAAGAUUGGAGGAGGGGAGUUCAUCGAGCUACGCAACCCUGUCAUCGCCGAGGACCAGAAACAUCCUCCUGACCCGCCGGUGGAUGUGGAGACCCACAAUCCCACAUCGGGCACCAUAACGCUGACCUGGAAGCCGCCCAUGUAUGACGGAGGUGCCAAGAUCAUGGGUUACAUCCUGGAGCGGCAGCUGAAGGGCGAGGACCGGUGGGAGAGGUGCAACGACUUCCUGGUUCCGGUCCUUUCGUACACCGUCAGAGGGCUAAAGGAGGCCAAGAGCUAUGCCUUCAGAGUCCGAGCAGAAAAUUCAGCCGGCAUCAGCGAUCCGUCUCGCAGCACCCUGUUUGUCAAGGCCUUGGAUGCAAUCGAUGCUCCGAAGGUCUUCCUGAGCGGCAGCCUUCAGUCUGGCCUGAACGUGAAGCGAGGCAACGAGAUCCGGCUGGAGGCUAAUAUCUCCGGCUCACCGUACCCUGAGAUCACCUGGUUCUGGAACGACCAGGUGAUCCGGCCCGAGCCGCUUCGUAGGAGGCCGGAGAGACCGCUGAAGAAGAAGGCGGAGGUGAAGAAGGAGGCGUCCGAAGGAGAGAAGAAAGAGCAGGACCUGGGAGAAGUGAAGGAUGCAGAGGAGAAGAAGGAAGAGGUGGCAGAGCAGGAAGCGGAGGAGACGGACUUCCCGACGAUCGGCGAGCGGCUGACCAUCAACAACAGCAGGAGGGGCGAGUCCACGGCAGUUGUCAAGGACUCACUGCGUGUUGACCACGGCGUCUACAUGGUGAAGGUGGAGAACGACCACGGCGUCGCUUCAGCCACCUGCGAGGUCAACGUCCUUGACACUCCCGGACCUCCAAUUAACUUCCGCUUCGAAGAGGUGAGGAAGAACUCCGUGAUCUGCAAGUGGGAUCCCCCGAAAGAUGACGGCGGCAGCGAGAUCCUCAACUACACGCUGGAGAAGAAGGACAACUCCAAGAUAGAGCUCGGCUACAGCUGUGUCACCGCCACACUUCGAGGGUGUCGCUAUCUGGUGCCCAAACUCAUUGAAAAGAAGGAGUACAUCUUCAGAGUUGUCGCUGAGAACAAAUAUGGAGCUGGUCCGCCAUGCAUCUCCAAGCCUCUUGUUGCCAAGAAUCCCUUCGAACCUCCUGAGGCUCCAGAGAAGCCGGAAAUUGAUGACGUCACGGCCCACAGCAUGCUGGUCAUCUGGAAGGAGCCAAACGACAAUGGCAGCCCCAUCCUGGGCUACUGGGUGGAGCGUCGGGAGAUCAACAGUUCCCACUGGGCUCGGGUCAACAGAAACAUGGUCUCUUCCACCGAGCUGAAUGUAGAAGGACUCGUUGAGGGCUUAACCUACAUCUUCAGAGUGGCAGCCGAAAAUCAGGCGGGCCCCGGAAAGUUCAGCGUGCCUUCAGAUCCUAAAACGGCACAAGCCCCGAUUCUACCUCCAGGACCGCCAGUCCCCCGAGUGGUGGCAACCACCGACCACUCGAUUGACGUUGAGUGGGAUGCACCUGCCGACAAUGGAGGCGGCGAGAUCCUGGGAUACCACGUGGAUAAGACUAUUGCCGGUAGCAAAGACUGGUCCAGGUCUACAGAACGUCCGUGGAAGACUCGGGCAUUUACAGUGUAUGGAGUCCGUGAGGGAGCCAAGUACCUGGUCAGAGUCAUUGCCAUUAACGCUGCUGGAGAGGGCGCCCCAGGUUUCACCGAGUCAGUGUUCGUCAGGAAUCCCGCAGAAAUGCCUGCGGUGGAACUGGACGUUUUGGUCAGGAACGGUGUGGUCAUCAGAGCUGGCGAGACACUUCGUGUUCCGGCGCUGGUCACCGGUAAACCCUACCCAACUAUCACUUGGACCGUGGACGAUGCAAAACCAGACAAAGACCGCGUCGAGAUCCUCACCGAAGGCAACAACAGCACUGUGUUCAUCAAAAGCGCGCAGAGGAAGGACUGCGGCAAAUAUCUGAUCUCGGCGUGUAACCCGAGCGGCACCAGGUCGGCCUUCACCCGGGUGGAGGUCAUGGAUGUUCCCGGACCAGUCACUGACCUAAAGCCGGUGGUGGUGACCAAAAAGAUGAUCUUCCUGAAUUGGGAUGACCCAGUGGACGACGGCGGAAGUGACCUGACCGGCUUCCUGGUGGAGCGCAAAGAUGCCAAAAUGCACACGUGGAGGCAGCCCGUUGAAACCGCCUCCUCCAAAUGCGAGUGCGUGGGCAUCAUGGAGGGACAAGAGUACAUGUUCCGUGUCAGUGCUAAGAACAAGUAUGGCAUGGGCCCGCCUGUCGAGCUGGGACCCAUCAAAGCUGUGGACCCACAAGGACCGCCGUCGCCGCCUGAGAAGUUCCACUACACGGAGCGCACCAAGAAUUCCAUCACGCUAGCAUGGAAGCCGCCUCGCAACGACGGAGGCAGCCCCAUCAUCGGCUACUUUGUGGAGAAGAAGCGUCAAGACAAGCAGGCCUUUGAGCCUUGCAACACGGAAAUCUGCCCUAACUUGAACAUGACGGUGGAGGGCCUCGAUGAGGCCUGGAUGUACGAGUUCAGGAUCAAGUGCGCAAAUCUGAUUGGGGAAAGCGACCCGUCCUUUGCGCUGACCGUGGUCAUCCAAGACGAUGAAGUGGCCCCCGAGAUCCACAUGCUGAAGAUAUUCAAGGGCGACAGCAUCACGGUGAAAAGGGGCGAGCGCGUCGAGAUCCCCGCCGACAUCCUCGGCCUCCCCAUCCCCAAAGUGGAGUGGUCCAAAGACGACGCGGUGCUGGAGAAGCCCACGGAAAGCCUGCUGAUGGAGACGGCGGUGACGGGCAGGAUGAACUGCACGUCCACUCUGUCCAUCCCCGCCGCCGAGCGCAAGGACCGCGGCGGCUACACCAUCUCGGCCUCCAACAACAUGGGCUCAGCCAGUCACACCACUUCUGUCAUGGUGCUAGACCGGCCGCUUCCUCCCAGAAACGUGGCGGUGUCCAACAUCAAGGCGGAGUCCUGCCAGUUGCACUGGGACGCCCCCUUGGAUGAUGGCGGCAGCGAGCUGACCAACUAUAUCGUUGAAAAGAAGGACGUGCUCACAGAGGAAGCGGAGGAAGAGGGACGGGAAGCGGAACCUCAGUGGGUGGAGCUCACCAACAGCAUCAUUGACAAGAAGUAUCGGGUGUGGAACUUGGAUACCAACAAAUCCUACCUGUUCCGCGUCAGAGCCGAGAACCGCUACGGCAAGUCUGACCCUUGUGCCACGGAGGAAGUUCAGAUCACAGACCCCUUCGGACUCCCCGGCCCGCCGGAGAAACCGAGCAUCACCGAGUAUUCCAAGAACUCCGUGACCCUGACCUGGGAGCCGCCGAGGGACAACGGUGGCUCCAUGAUCAUUGGCUACUGGCUGGAGAAGAAAGAAAGAGGCUCCGCCUACUGGGCCAGAGUCAAUAAGAUGCCGGUCACCAAGAGGGGCAUGAAAGGCUGGGAGUACCAGGUGACUCGCCUGUUUGAAGGAUGUGAGUACGAGUUCCGAGUCGCUGCCUUCAAUUCGGCCGGAACGGGACCGUUCAGCGCACCGUCCGACCCGGCAUUUGCCGUCGACCCUCUGACUCCUCCCAGCAUGCCUGCCGCUCCCGUGGUGGCCGACAAGACCAAGCACAACGUCACUCUGACCUGGAAGCCGCCGGAGAAGGACGGCGGGAGCCCCAUCAAGGGCUACAUCGUCCAGAUCCAGGACGAGGGCAAAUCCGAUUGGGUGAGGGUGAACGAAGAGCUGCACCCCACCACCGAGUUCACUGUGCCCAGCCUCCGUGAGCUGAAGCGCUACCGCUUCAGAAUCAUUGCCGUCAACGACAUUGGCGAAUCGGACCCCAGCCCCCGCACCGGCGAGGUCUUGAUCGAAGAGGUCCAGUUGCCGCCCUCCAUCACCAUCGACGUUUUGGUGGACGACCUGCUCUAUGUACGUGCCGGAGAUCCAAUCAGGAUCCCCGCCACCAUCAAGGGUCGUCCCGUCCCCAAGGUGACGUGGGACUUUGAGGGCAAAGCCAAAUCUCACAAGAAGAACAAGCUGCACACGCUUCCCGUGGACUCGGAGGUCGAGUCCACAGACACCACGUCCGUUGUGAGCAUCCCCGUUAGUUUGAGGACCCACUCCGGACGCUACACCAUCACGGCCAAGAACAAGUCUGGACAGAAACACGUCAACGUCAGAGUCAACGUCCUCGAUGUUCCCGGACCUCCGAAAGAUCUGAAGGUGACGGACAUCACCCGGUCAACCAUGAGACUGAUCUGGAAGCUGCCCGACAACGAUGGCGGAGAGAGAAUCAAAAGCUACUACAUUGAGAAAAAAUGUGUCACCGACAAGGCCUGGACAAAGGUGAAUGCGGCCUGCGCCAGUCAAGCCUUCGUUGUCCCAGGCCUCCUGGAGGGACAGGACUACCUGUUCAGAGUGCGAGCCGAGAACCGGCUGGGCUUCGGUCCGUUUACCGUCACCGCUGAUCCCGCCCGGGCCAGAGACCCUAUCUACCCGCCAGACCCGCCUACCAAGCUGAAAGUCACCUUGGUGACCAAGAACACGGUGACCCUGACCUGGGAGCCUCCCAAAAACGACGGCGGCUCUCCCGUCAAACAUUAUGUGGUGGAGCGCUUGAGCUGGGACACCAGCGGCAAAGAGAAGGAAACGUGGAAGCAGUGCAACAAGCGAGACGUGGAGGAGCUCAGCUUCGUGGUGGAGGACCUGAAGGAGGGCGGUGAGUACGAGUUCCGAGUGAAAGCUGUGAACGAGGCCGGACCCAGUCGACCCUCGGCCACCGCCGGGCCGCUCACCAUCAAGGACCAGACCUGCCCACCCACCAUCGAGCUGCGGGAGGCGCUGGAGGGCGAGGAGGGCUGCGACGUCAGCCUGCCGGCCAAGGUGAGCGGCUGCCCCUUCCCCAGCCUCUCGUGGCACAAGGCCGACCCGGCGGCGCCCGAGCAGAAGGCGGCCGUGCGCUACGACCAGCGCGUCGCCAAGCUGGUGACGCAGGACAAGUGCACGUUGCUGCUGCAGCAGGCCACGCGGGACGACAGCGCCCUCUACAGCCUGACCGCCAGCAACGCCCUGGGCACCGUCACCAAGGACGUCAAACUCUCUGUCUUUGGACCUCCCGGCCCCCCCGUGGGACCAAUGAAGUUCACCGAGGUGUUUGCGGAGAGGAUCGGCCUGGCCUGGAAGCCGCCCCUGGACGACGGCGGCUCCAAGAUCACCAACUACGUGGUGGAGAAGCGUGAGGACAACCGCAAGUCAUGGGUGCACGUGUCCAAGGACCCCAAGGACUGCGCGUACCUGGUGACCCGGCUCACGGAGAACCACGAGUACGAGUUCAGAGUCAUGGCGCAGAACAAGUUUGGAGUCGGGCCGCCGCUACUCAGCGAGCCGGAGAAGGCCAGGAACCUCUUCACCGUUCCUGGCCAGUGUGAGAAGCCCACCGUGACCGACGUGUGUCUGGAGUCCAUGACGGUUAACUGGGAGGAGCCCGAAUACGACGGCGGCUCGCCAGUCACCGGCUACUUCAUCGAAAAGAAGGAGACCACCAGCAAGCGCUGGGCUCGGGUCAACCGCGAGCCCAUCCGGGCCCUGCCGCUGGGAAACAACUGGGACGUCACCGGCCUGGUGGAGGGCUCCAUGUACCAGUUCCGGGUCAGCGCUGCCAACGCCGCCGGAUGCGGACUACCCAGCGUACCCUCGGACCCCGUGCUCUGUAGGGACCCCAUCAAGCCUCCCGGUCCGCCCACCCCCAAGGUGACGGACUGGACCAGGUCCACGGUGGAGCUGGAAUGGAUUCCUCCCCUGGUGGACGGAGGCUCCAAGGUGACCGGCUACAUUGUGGAAUUCAAGGAGGUGAGCAGGGAGGAGGAGGAGAAGAAGGCUCAGAGGAAGUUGCUUUUACUGAGCGGCGCUGACGAGAAGGAGCCCGAGGCCCCGGAGAGCUGGCGGAAGGCCAAGGACACGGAGAUCAGAGGAACCAAGUUUGUGGUGGCCGAGCUCAAAGAAGGUGCUCUGUACCGCUUCAGAGUCAGAGCCGUGAACGCCGCCGGCGUCGGCGAGCCUGGACUCGUUUCGGAGCUGAUCGAAGCCAGAGACAGGACAAUUGCGCCCGAGAUGGACCUGGACGCCUCCGUCAAGGAGAAGAUCGUGGUCCACGCCGGCGGCACCAUCCGAAUCAUCGCCUACGUGUCUGGCAAACCGACGCCGCGCAUCAGCUGGUGCCGAGAUGACGGCGAGGUGCCCAAAGAGGCCGCAGUGGAGACCACGGGCAUCUCCAACUCACUGGUCAUCAAGAACUGCAAACGCCAGCACCAGGGCAUCUACACGCUUUGCGCAAAGAACGAAGGCGGCGAGAGGAAGAAGGCCGUCAUCGUCGAGGUUUUGGACGUCCCCGGACCGGUGGGGCUCCCCUUCGCCGGUGAGAACCUGACCAACGACUCGUGCAAGCUGACCUGGUAUUCCCCCGAAGACGACGGCGGCUCGGCCAUCACCAACUACAUCAUUGAGAAGCGGGAGUCGGACCGCAUGGGCUGGACUUCGGUCACCUACACGGUCACCAGGAACAACGCCGUGGUGCAAGGGCUGCUGGACGGGAAGGGAUACUUCUUCAGGAUUGCCGCCGAGAACAUCAUCGGCAUGGGACCCUUCGUGGAGACCGACAGAGUCGUGCUCAUCAAAGAGCCCAUCUCCGUGCCCGAGCGUCCGGAGGACCUGAUCGUCACGGCCGUCACCAAGGACUCCGUCUCGGUGGCUUGGAGGCCGCCCAAGUACGACGGAGGCGCGGAGGUGACCCGCUACGUCCUGGAGUCUCGCGUGGUUGGCCGAGACGCCUUCGUCGGCGUGGGGGGUAGCGACAAGCUGAUGGACAGGAAAUUCACGCUGAGCGGACUGAAGGACGGCUCCAGUCACGAGUUCAGAGUGGCGGCCGUCAACGUGGUGGGACAGGGCAAAUUUUCCUUUGCCACCAAACCCGUCCAGUGCAAGGACGAGUUGGAACCGCCCAAUCUGGAGCUGGAGUUCCGAGACAAGAUGACGGUGAAGGUGGGAGACGGCUGCACGCUGGCGGGACGCUACGGCGGCAAGCCCGCGCCGAGCGUCACCUGGACGAAGAACGAGGAGGAGCUGAAGCCCGACGAGGACGUGGCCGUCCGCAGCAGCGCCAGGCAUCUCAGUCUGGACUUCAUCAAGGCCAGGCGAGACCACAGCGGACGCUACCGCGUCAGCGUGGACAACCCGGCCGGGACGCGAAGCGGAAUCUGCGCCCUCACCGUCGUCGACCGGCCUCAGCCUCCCGAGGGCCCCGUGGUCUUUGAGGAGGUCUACAGAGACCACAUGCUCAUUUCCUGGAAACCUCCCCUGGACGACGGCGGAUGCGCCAUCUCCAACUACGUCGUCGAGAAGAGAGACACCAAUCGAGACCUGUGGAUGCCCGUCACCGCGUCCUGCACCAGGACCACCUGCAGGGUGCCAAAACUGAUUGAGGGUCGCGAGUACAUCGUCAGGAUCAUGGCCCAGAACAUCUACGGCAUCAGCGACCCGCUGCUGUCCGCCGAGAUCAAGGCCAGAGAGAUGUUCAGGGUACCCGACGCUCCCAAGCAGCCCACCGUCAAGGACGUGUACCACGACCGCGCCCUGGUUCGCUGGGAGCCUCCAGCUGAUGGAGGGAAGCCGAUCACGGGCUACAUCGUGGAGAGGAAGGAGACCAUGGCUAAUAGGUGGGUCCGCUGCAACGCAGAAAAGAUCCAUCCCAAGGUGGAGUACUUGGUCCUGGACCUGCUCAAGGGUUGCGAGUACGAAUUCAGAGUCAGUGCCGAGAACGUGGUGGGCAUUGGUGACCCCAGCCCGCCGUCCAAGCCCGUCUUCGCCAAAGAUCCCAUCGUGAAGCCAAGCCCGCCACAAAAUCUCAAGGCCGUGGACCACACCAAGGAGUCCGUGACUCUUUCCUGGGAUCCGCCCGCCGACACCGGCCGAGGCAAGAUCUUCGGCUACCUGCUGGAGUUCCAGAAGGCCGGCGACGAGGACUGGCAGAAGGUCAACCAUACUCCAGAUUCUUGCCCGGGGACCAAGUUCAAGGUGGUGGGCCUGGAGGAUGGCUCCCUCUACCGCUUCAGAGUGAAGGCCGUCAACGCCGCCGGGGAGUCUGACCCAACGUAUAUCAAAGACCCGGUCAGAGUGAAGGACCGACUCGAAGCGCCAGAGUUGAUUUUGGACGCCGGUAUGACUCGGGAGGUGAAGGCCCUGGCCGGCACCCACAUCACUCUCAUGGCCACCAUCAAGGGCAUCCCCUUCCCCUCCGUCGUCUGGAAGAAAAACGACACCGACGUUCCCACCAGGGCCGACAUCGAGACCAACCAAGAGGGCACUAAGCUGGAGAUGAGGUUCUGCAACCGUGGCGACUGUGGAGACUACACGCUCACCGUCGAGAACCCCGCCGGCUCCAAGACAGUCACAUGCACCGUCUUGGUCUUUGAUAAACCUGGUCCUGUCCAGCACCUGCGCGUGUCAGAUGUCAGGAGCGACUCGGCCUACCUGUCCUGGAAAGACCCGGAGGACAACGGAGGCACUCGCAUCACCAACUUUGUGGUGGAGAAGAAAGACACGGGGUCCACUCAGUGGGUUCCCGUGUGCUCCACGUCCAAGAAGCGCAGUAUGAUGCUCAAGCACCUGACGGAGGGACUGGCCUACACCUUCAGAGUUGCGGCUGAGAACCAGUAUGGCCGCAGCGAAUACGUGGAAACGCCGAAGGCCAUCAAAGCCAUGAAUCCGCUCUUCCCUCCCGGUCCUCCCAAAGAUCUUCACCACGUCGAUGUGGACAAGACGGAGGUGUGGCUUGCCUGGAACUGGCCCGACCGAAACGGUGGAAGUGAGAUUACGGGCUUCCUGGUGGAGUAUCAAGAAGAAGGAGCGAAGGACUGGCACGAGUGGCAGACAGUCAGCAUCCCGGAAAGUCACGUGACGGGUCUGGAAGAAGGCAAGACCUAUCGCUUCCGAGUGAGAGCCGAGAAUGUCAUUGGCCUCAGCAGACCCGACACCACCGUACCCAUCCUCUGCCAGGAGAAGCUGGUGCCUCCGAUCCUCGAGGUGGAUGUCAAGCUGACGGAAGGCAUCGUCGUAAAGGCGGGCACCACCAUCAGGCUACCCGCCAUCAUGAGGGGAAUGCCCGUCCCUACCGCCAAAUGGUCCAUUGACGGAGAGGAGAUCAGCAGCGGAGGCAAGAUCAAGAUUGACACCGACAACUUCUCCACCGUCCUCAGCAUCACCGAGUGCACCAGAAGUCACACCGGCACCUACCUGCUCACCGUGUCCAACCUCGCCGGCACCAAGACGGCGGCCCUCAACGUCACCGUCCUGGACGUCCCGGCGGCGCCCAUCGGACCCGUCAAUGUCCUGGAGGUGUCUCCUGAUGCCAUGACCAUCGAGUGGCGCCCUCCUAAGGAUGACGGCGGCAGCCCCGUCACCAACUACGUCGUGGAGAAGAGAGAUUCCAACAAGGAGACCUGGGGAGGGGUGAGCUCUGGCAGCCUGGCCACCAAGCUCAGGAUCGUGCGCCUGCAGAAGGGCGUCGAGUAUGUGGUCCGCAUUCGCGCCGAGAACAAGAUGGGCAUCGGGGCGCCGCUGGAGAGCAAGCCAACGGUCGCCGAGCAUUCCUUCAUGCCGCCCAGUCCACCUGGUAAGCCGCUGGCCCACGACGUCUCCGAGGACGCCGUUACGGUCGGCUGGACCAUGCCCUUGUCUGACGGUGGCAGUCAGAUCACCGGGUACAUCCUUGAGCGCAGACACAAAGGAGGAAAGUGGAUCCGUGUGAACAAGACGCCCUGCAAAGACCUUCGCUACAGAGUCCAGGGAUUGUUUGUGGGCAACGAAUACGAAUUCAGAGUCUUUGCUGAGAACAUUGCCGGCUACAGUGGCCCCUCACCCAUCUCUGACCUCUGCAGGCCCUGCCGGCAGAUCACGGUCCCGAGUGCCCCGGUCAACCCCAAAGUCAAAGAUUACAGCAAAUCGACGGCCGACUUGGUGUGGACCAAACCCACCAAAGACGGAGGCAGUCCCAUUCUGGGCUACACUGUGGAAAUGAAGAAGGCCGACGGAGACUGGAAGAAAGUCAACCUGGACGACUUCAUCAAGUUGUGUGCCUACACGGUGAAGGGGCUCGAGCAGGGUUCUACCUAUCGAUUCAGAGUGUUUGCCUCAAAUAUGAUCGGUGACGGUGAGUCCAGAGAGAUUCCAGAGUCGGUCACGGCUCAAGAUAUUCUCAUCCCCCCGGAGAUUGAAAUGGACGCCAGGUGUCGCGAGCGCAUCACCGUCCGCGUGGGACACAACAUCAACAUCGUUGGCUACAUCAAGGCCCGUCCCGAGCCAGAAGUGCUGUGGUCCAAGGGGGAGACUGUUCUGGAGAAGAGCAAACGUGUAACUAUGCCCCAGAACCUACCUGUGGUCCAGCUGAAGAUCAAAGAGGCCACCAGAGCCGACCACGGCAAAUACACCCUGAAGGCCUCCAAUGUGGGUGGAGAAGCCUCCUGCUGCAUCACUGUUAAUGUUCUGGACCGGCCCAGCCAUUGCCAGAACCUCCAUACCACCUACGUCACCAAGGACUCCUGCAUGAUCAACUGGGAGGCCCCGAAAGACAAUGGUGGCUCAGAAAUUACCAACUACAUCGUGGAGUGCAGAGAACCCAGCGUCAGCUUGUGGUCCAUGAUCUCUUCCCAUUGUACCAACCGCAAGAUCAAGGCCAAGCUAAUGGAGGGCCACCAGUACCUGUUCCGUGUCUGCGCAGAGAACAAGAUAGGACCCGGGCCCUGCGUGGAGACCAAGGUCCCAGUGCUUGCCAUCGACCCCAUCGAAAAACCAGGCGAGCCUGAGAACUUCAGGGUGGCCGACAUUGGCAAGAACUUCGUCUACCUGAGGUGGAGGAGGCCUGAUUACGAUGGUGGCAGUCCCAACCUCUCCUACAACCUGGAGUGCAAAGCCAAAGACGCGCAGGAAUGGGAAAAACUAAACACCGGCAUCCUGACUAACACUUUCUUUUUGGCCGACAAGUGUGUUGAAAACCAGACGUACACUUUCAGGGUGCAAAGCGUCAAUGAAGGAGGAGAGAGCGGUUGGGUGAAAUUGGCCGAUAUCUUGGUGCGAGAAGAGAUCCAGAAGCCGGUCCUUGACCUGAAGCUGUCCGGAACAUUGACGGUGAAGGCCGGAGAGUCGGUCAGAAUAGAAGCUGCCUUGAGAGGAAAGCCGCAACCUGAAGUUAAGUGGACCAAGGACAAGGCGGUUGGAGACAACCCCAGAAUCAGCUACGAGACCGGUUCUGACUACUCCAAGUUCCUUUUGACAAAGUCCCGACGCACUGACUCCGGGAAGUACAUUGUCACCGCCACCAACUCGGCCGGAACCUUCACGGCGUAUGCCAACGUGAACGUCCUGGACGUCCCCGGAGCCGUCAGGAACCUACGAGUCACCGGCGUUGGAGCAGACAAAUGCAGAGUGGUUUGGGACGCACCUGAGGAUGACGGCGGCUGCGAGGUGGACAGCUACAUCUUGGAAAAGUGCGAGACCAGGAGGAUGGUGUGGUCCACGUACUCCGCCUCGGUAGUCACGGCGUACUGCAACGUGACUCGUCUGGUGGAGGGCAACGAAUAUAUCUUCAGAGUACGGGCCGAGAACAAGAUGGGAACUGGGCCCGCCGUGGAGAGCAAGCCGGUCACGGUCAGGACUCAGUUCAACAGACCUGGACCGCCCGAUGCCCCUGAGGUCACCAAGAUAAGCAAAGAGGAGAUGACGGUGGUCUGGGCUCCUCCCGAGAAUGACGGAGGAAAGUCCAUCACGGGCUACAUCCUGGAGAGGAAGGAAAAAAGGGCCGUACGCUGGGUGCCGUGCACUAAGAGUCCAAUCCCCGAGAGACGCAUGAAAGUGACCAACCUGUUACCCAACCACGAGUAUCAGUUCAGAGUCAAGGCUGAGAAUGAGGUCGGUCUGGGAGAUCCCAGCAAACCCUGCAGACCCGUGACAGCCAAAGAUCCCAUUGAACCUCCUGGGCCACCCGCAGGCCUGAAAGUGGCCGACAGCACCAAGACCUCCAUCACUCUUUCCUGGUCUAAACCCGUGUACGACGGGGACGCACCAAUCAUCGGCUACAGUCUGGACAUGAGACUGAAGAGUGAGGCUGACCCCGAAAAGCCCACCGCAGGCUGGAAGAGAAUCGACACCAAUGGGCCCUUGGUCCUCAGAGAGUUCACCAUCGGACAGCUGGAUGAGAAACAGGAGUACGAGUUCAGGGUCUCCGCCCAAAACCAGGUGGGCUGGGGACGUCACGCCUACUUAAAGGAGGCCGUCUUCCCCAAGGAGAUCCUAGAGGCUCCUGAGAUUGACCUGGACGCGAGUUUGAGGAAAGGUCUUUCUGUGCGGGCCGGCUGUCCGAUCCGACUUUUUGCUACUAUCAGAGGACGCCCUGCCCCGAAGGUCACCUGGAAGCGUGUGGGGGUGGACAACGUUGUUCGCAAAGGUCACGUGGACCAAGUGGACACCAUGUGCUUCCUGGUCAUUCCCGAGAGCACCAGAGAAGAUUCUGGAAAAUACUCACUGACUCUGUCCAACUCGGCUGGAGAGAAGGCCGUCUUUGUUCGUGUCAAAGUCCUCGACACUCCCGGUCCCGUCGGUGGUCUGGAGGCAACUGACGUGACCAAAACAACAGCACAGCUGUCCUGGUUGCCGCCGGAGAACGACGGCGGGAGCGCCAUCCUCAACUACAUUGUGGAAAAACGGGAGGUGGACAGGAAGACCUGGACCAAAUGCACAGAGGACUUGAAGAAGACCAGCUUCAAGGUGACCAACAUGGCCCCUGGCAUCGAGUACUACUUCCGCGUGAUGGCAGUCAACAAGUAUGGAAUCGGAGUUCCUCAGGAUUCGCCCAAGUCUUACCUGGCCAAGGACCCCAUCAGUGAGCCAGAUCCGCCCAAAAAGAUGGAGGUUUUGGAGAUGUCCCGGACCAGCGCAACGCUGGGCUGGCUGAAGCCGCUCCGAGAUGGAGGAGCCAAAAUCAACGGCUACGUGGUGGACUACCAGGAGGAGGGGGCGCCGCAGGACAAGUGGACGCCGUACUCAGUGGUCAAAGACUUGACCAUCGUUGUGGUGGGCCUGAAGGAAGGGAAGAAGUACAAGUUCAGGGUGGCGGCCAGGAACUCCGUUGGCGUCAGUCUUGCUCGCGAGGCCGAGGGAGUCUUUGAGGCCAAGGAGCAGCUCAUGGCUCCCAAAAUCAUCAUGCCCGACACCGUGACAGUCCGGGCGGGACGCAAAAUGGUGAUCGAGGCCCUGGUGUCUGGUAAACCCGCUCCCUUCUGCAAGUGGAAGCAGGGCAAUGAGGACGUCCUGACGUCGGAUCGCCUCUCGGUGGUCAAGACGCUCAGCAGCUGCACAUUGAUCAUCAAGAACGUCAGCCGCGCCGACAGCGGCUACUACAGCCUGUCGGCGGAGAACAGCACGGCCAAAGUCAACCAGAUCCUCAAAGUCAUCGUCAUGGACAUCCCUGGACCCCCAGAAGCUCCGUUGGAGAUCACAGAGCAGGACAUCGACGCCUGCACGCUGCUCUGGAACCCUCCUCAGGAGGACGGCGGCAGCAACAUCACCAACUACAUCGUGGAGAAGUGCGAUGUGAGCCAGGGCGACUGGCUCACCGUGUCAUCUUCCUGCACCAAAACCAGCUUCCGAAUGACCAAACUGAUCACCGGCACGGAGUACACCUUCCGAGUCCGAGCCGAGAACAGAUUCGGCAUCUCGGAGCCUACCUACUCAGAGAAAAUGAUUGCCAGAUAUCCGUUUGACCCUCCCAGUGAGCCCAGGAACCUUCGCGUGAACAAGAUCAACAAGGACUUUGUCGUCCUGUCCUGGGAGCGUCCCACCAGCGACGGCGGAAGCCCCAUUACGGGAUACUGCAUCGAGAAGAAAGAGAGGAACAGUCUGCUGUGGGUCAGGGCCAACGAGUCUGUGGUCAAAUCCACCCAAUACACCUGCACCGGUCUCAUCGAGGGCCUGGAGUACACCUUCAGGGUGUCUGCCAUCAACCUCGCCGGACAGGGAAAGCCUUGCAAGCAGACCGAAUUCGUCACAGCGAGGACGGCCGUCGACCCUCCAGGUAAACCCGAGCCAAUGGAUGUGAGCAGGAGCUCCGUGUCGCUGGUGUGGACCCGACCCAAGCACGACGGUGGCAGCAAGCUGAUUGGCUACUUUGUGGAGUACUGCAAGCUCCCCGAGGAGAAGUGGAGCCGCUGCAAUAGCAACUGCAUGAGUGUCCAGGCCGAGAACUAUGUGGUGAGCGGUCUGGAAGAGGGCCAACGCUACGUCUUUAGAGUCAUCGCCAAGACAGCCGUCAACGUCAGCCUGCCCUCGGAGCUGUCCGAUCCCAUCGCCGUCAUCGCGGAGAACGUUCCUCCGCGUGUGGAGCUCGGGGUCAACAUGAAGAACCUGAUUGUGGUGAAAGCCGGACAGAACGUCUUCUUGGACGCGGAAGUGUUUGGCAAGCCUCUUCCCAAGGUGAGCUGGAAGAGAGACGGCGUUCCGCUCCAUCUGGCGGAGGGAAUGAAGAUGACCCAGAAGAAACACGUCCACCUUUUGGAGCUCUACUCCGUCACCAGGAAGGAAUCCGGUGACUACACUAUUCUCGCUGAGAACGUCAAUGGCAGCAAGUAUGCCACAAUUAAAGUCAAAGUGCUCGACAAACCGGGUCCUCCGGCUUCAGUGAAAACCACCAAAGUGUUCGCAGACCGCGUCAAGCUGCGGUGGGAACCUCCACUUUCUGACGGCGGUUCUGAAAUCACCAACUACAUCAUUGAGAAGCGUGAAACCAGCAGGGCCAACUGGGCGCUGGUCACCGCCAAUAUUCACGGACACGUCACCGACUGCUCGGUAGAGAAACUCAUAGAGGGCCACGAGUACCAGUUCCGAGUUAGUGCCGAGAACCAGUACGGCGUUGGAGACGCCGUCAUGACCGACCCAGUCACGGUCAAGAACCCCUACGAUGUUCCCGGCCCUUGUGAUCCACCGGUCAUCACCAACAUCACCAAGGACUCCAUGACGGUCAGCUGGAAGGCGCCGGCCAAUGACGGUAGAGCCACCAUCCUGGGCUACAUGGUAGAGAAGCGCGAAGCCACCGAGUUGACCUGGACCAAGGUCAACCGUCGGCCGGUGAUCGACAGAACCAUCAAGGCGGGUCAGCUGACUGAGGGCUCCGAGUACGAGUUCAGGGUCAUUGCCAUGAACAAAGCCGGUCUGGGAAAACCAAGCGAUGCAUCCGGCGCGGCACUGGCCGUCGAUCCUGUCUAUCCUCCCGGGCCCCCCGCCUUCCCCAAGGUGGUGGAUUCUACCAGGAGCUCCAUCAGCCUCAGCUGGACCAAGCCAGCGUACGACGGCGGUUGCGAGAUCAUCGGCUACCUGGUGGAGUGCAAAGUGGCCGCCGCGGAAAACUGGACCAAAUGCAAUGUCCCCCAGAAGCUCCGGGCCACCAAUUUCUUGGUGACGGGCCUGAUGCAAGGCAGAGAGUACCAGUUCCGAGUAUUUGCCCUCAACAAGAUUGGCUACAGCGAGCCCAGCGACGUCCCCGGCAACCACACGCCUCAAGACAUCCUAAUCCCUCCGGAAGCCGAGCUGGAUGCCGACUUGAGGAAAGCGUUGGUUCUCCGCGCCGGUGUCACCAUGAGGCUCUACGUCCCCCUGAGAGGGCGCCCGCCACCCAAAGUGACGUGGAGCAAGGUGGACGGAAACUUGAAGGAGAGAACCGGUGUCCUGAUAAAGACGUCAGACUGGGACACCCUGCUCCUGGUUGAAGACAUCAACCGAUACGACGCUGGCAAAUAUGUCCUGACACUGGAGAACACCAGCGGGUCCAAGAGCUACACCAUUGUCGUCAAGGUCCUCGAUACCCCUGGACCACCUCAGAACCUUACCGUGAAAGAAACCUCCCUAAACCACGCUUGGAUCACCUGGGAUGCCCCAUUGAUCGACGGCGGCAGUCCUGUCAAGAGCUACAUCGUGGAGAAGCGCCUGGCUGAGAGGAAGGCUUGGACUUGUGUGUCAACUGAGUGUCACAAGAUCUCGUACAGGAUUCCCAACCUGGAGGCCGGUCAGGCCUACUGCUUCAGAGUUCUGGCUGAGAACGCUUACGGCAUCGGAGAGGGCUGUGAGACUGCCGGUAGCGUGCGAGCUUCAGAGCAACCUGGUCCAGUGGUGGACUUGAAGGCCAAGAAGACCACCAAAGAUUCCAUCAUCCUGGCCUGGAAAAAGCCCAUCAGUGAUGGUGGCAGCCACAUCAGCGCCUAUAUCGUGGACCAGAGUGAAGGCGACAAGUGGAAGGAGAUUUCCAAGGGCAGGAACACCUCACUGACCGUCGGGGACCUCACAGAGGGCAAGGAGUACUUGUUCAGAGUCACGGCGCUCAAUGAGUCCGGAGUGGGGCCGCCCUCGGAGAUUGCGGCUGUUGCCAAGGACCAGUUUGUGUUACCUGACUGCAACCUGAGCUGUCUGCAUGACGGUUGCUACGUGGUGAAGGAGGGGACUACCGCCCGCAUCAACAUCCCCCUCAGUGGUGUGCCAUAUCCCAUUGCCACGUGGAAGAAGGGCGACGUGGCGCUCGGUGACACCGGGCGUAUGUGCGUCGAGGCGUCCCAGGGUGUGACCACUCUCCUGAUCAGAGACUGCCAGAGAGGAGACGCGGAAGUCUACACCAUCAACGUCAGGAACAGCUUGGGCUCCAAGGACUGUAAGUUGCAGCUCAAGGUGGUGGGCAAACCGGGCAUCUGCACCGGACCCAUCAAGUUUGACGAGAUCACAGCCGACGGCAUCACCCUGGAAUGGGGGCCGCCCAAAGACGACGGUGGCGCAGAGGUGUCCAACUACAUCGUCGAGAAAAGGAGGACAACAGAUAAUAAGUGGGCCACAGUGGCUUCGGCAAUCCAAAAAACCACCAUGAGAGUCAUACGUCUCCAUGACGGAGUGGAGUAUAUCUUCAGAGUAUUCGCUGAGAACAAGUAUGGAAUUGGAGAGCACCUGAGGUCAGACCCGGUCAUCGCACAGCAUCCUUUCAAUGUCCCAGAGGCGCCGGCACCUCCAGUGAUAAUGAGCAUCCGCCACGAGUCAGCCAUCCUAACGUGGGCUGAUCCCAAAGACACGGGCGGCUCCCCAAUUACAGGCUACCAUGUGGAGUUCAAGGAGAGGAACAGUCUGAUGUGGAAACGAGCCAGUAAGACACCUCUCAGAUUGAAAGAGUGCCGGGUCACGGGACUGAUCGAGGGACUGGAGUACGAAUUCAGGGUAAUGGCCAUGAACAUGGCCGGUCUGGGGAAGGCCAGCAGAGCGACUGAGGCUGUUGUUGCUCUGGAUCCCAUUGAUCCUCCUGGCAAGCCUGACGUCAUUAAUGUCACCAGGACAUCGGUCACUCUUAUGUGGACUCCACCCAAAUAUGAUGGUGGCUACAAACUGACUGGCUACGCGGUAGAGAAACUCGAGGCUGGCGGCAAGGCCUGGAUGAAGGCGAAUCAUGUCAAUAUUCAAGGAUGUGCCUUCACAGUCACUGACCUGACAGAGGGAGCUCAGUAUAAAUUCCAAGUCAGGGCCAAGAACUCUGCCGGUGCUAUUAGUCUUCCCUCAGAGACGACCGAUUUGUUAACUUGCAAGGAUGAGUAUGAACCCCCGAGCAUCACCAUUGACCCUGACAUAAAGGACGGCCUUUCAGUCCGGGCAGGAGAAACAAUUGUGGUCUCAGCUUGCAAGAUUGGCGGCAAACCUCCCCCCACCACUGUCUGGUCAAAGGCCGGCCGUGAGCUCAAGAACUCCGACGUUGUCACCAUCACCAGCACUCCAACCUCUUCCACUGUAGCCAUCAAGUACGCCAGCAGGAAAAACACCGGAGAGUACACCAUCACUGCCAGUAACCCGUUUGGCAUCAAAGAGGAGCACGUCAAAGUGAAGGUUCUGGAUGUUCCUGGACCUCCGGGCCCCAUUGAGGCCAGUAACAUUUCUGCUGAAAAGUGCACCCUGACCUGGCUUCCACCAGAGGAGGAUGGAGGCUGCUCGAUUAAGUCCUACGUCCUUGAGAAGCGAGAGACCAGUCGCCUGCAGUGGACCAAGCUGGCUGAAAACGUCCCGGACUGCAGAUGUGUCACCAGCAAACUGAUCAAAGGCAACGAGUACAUCUUCAGGGUGUCUGCGGUCAACCAAUAUGGCACUGGAGACGCAAGCCUGUCUGCUCCAGUCAAAAUGGUCGACAGUUACUGUCCACCAGGUCCACCGUCAACCCCAGAAAUCGAUAACUUCACUAGGAACUCUGUCACCAUUUCAUGGAAGAGACCGGUGCAGGAUGGUGGCAGUGACAUCAGGGGGUACCUCGUAGAAAGGAAAGAGAAGCGAGGAAUGAGGUGGGUUAGGGCUUCUAAGAGAACGGUCCCGGACCUGCGCUUCAAGGUGCAAGGCCUAAGCGAAGGGGUCGAGUACGAGUUCAGAGUAACUGCUGAGAACAAGGCUGGCUUCGGAGAACCCAGUGAGCCUUCGCGUCCGGCGAUGACCAAGGAUAUCGUGUAUCCACCAGGCCCUCCUUCCAACCCAAGGAUUACAGACACCACUAAAACGUCUGCCACUUUCACCUGGGGCCGACCCCACUAUGAUGGUGGUCUGCCAGUGGAUGGAUACAUUGUGGAGUACAAAAAGGAAGGCCAUGAUGACUGGGAGACAGAGACAGAGUACCACUUGAAGGCUACUGUAUAUGUUAUCGGAAAACUGCAAAAGGGAGGCAGAUACCAUUUCAGAGUCAGAGCUGUGAACUCCGAGGGGGUUGGUGAACCUGCAGAGGUUGAAAAAGUAACAGAACUUGUAGACCAGGAGUCCGUUCCAGACUUUGAGCUGGACGCCGAACUCCGGAAAUCCCUGGUGGUCAGGGCCCGCACGUCAAUCCGUAUUUUUGUUCCCAUCCGAGGCCGUCCUGUUCCAGACGUCACCUGGAGCAAAGAUGAUGUCAAUCUAAAAACACGUGCGCAUAUUGACACGACUGAAUCUUACACACUGCUGGUCAUUCCUGACUGCACUAGAUAUGAUGCCGGAAAGUACAACUUGUGCCUGGAGAACGUCGCUGGAAAGAAGACGGGCUUUGUAAAUGUAAAGGUUCUGGACACGCCAGGGCCCCCGGUGAAUCUCAAACCCAGAGAGAUCACGAAAACGAGCAUAACCCUUCAGUGGGAGAUCCCCAUCAUUGACGGUGGCUCUAAGAUCCACAACUACAUAAUUGAAAAGCGAGAGGCCACAAAGAAGGCCUACACGGUCUUGAACACCGCCUGGCAGAAGUGCUCUUUCAAAUUCACCGACCUGGAGGAAGGCGCUUACUACUACUUCCGAAUCUCUGCUGAGAAUGACCUGGGCGUUGGCGAGCCCGCUGAAACCCCCGAACCGAUCCGGGCAUCUCAGGCCCCUUCUCCGCCUGAAAACCUGUACAUCACUGAUGUUACGGCUGACAGCGCCAGCUUGGCGUGGACCAAGCCUCUUCACGAUGGCGGUAGCUUGAUCACCGGGUAUGUCAUAGAGGCCCAGAAGAAGGACACUGAGCACUGGUUCCAUGUUGCCGCCAUCAAGGCUCUGGACUUCACCGUGACGAAUCUCAUCGAGGGAGAAGAAUACACUUUCCGCAUAAUGGCAGUCAACGCUUCGGGUAGAAGCGACCCACGUGAGAGCAGACCAGCAAUUAUCAAAGAACAAACAUCAGGUCCGUCAUUUGACUUCCGUGGCAUCUACCAGAAGACGGUCAUUGCCAAGGCUGGCGACCGUGUUAAGAUUGAGAUUCCCGUACUUGGAAAACCUAGGCCUGUUGUUUCUUGGAAGAAAGGAGACGCAGUUCUCAAAGAGACACAAAGAAUUAACACCGAAACCACAGCAACAUCAACUGUCCUCAACAUUAGCGAGAUCAAGAGGACUGAUGGAGGCCAGUAUUCAGUGACAGGAAAGAACAUGCUGGGCACAGUGACCGAUACCAUCACAGUAUUAGUCCAUGAUAUUCCAGGUCCACCAACUGGUCCCAUCAAAAUGGAUGAGGUCUCAUCCGAUUACAUCCUGAUGUCCUGGGAGGCCCCUGAGAAUGAUGGAGGUGUUCCCAUCAACAAUUAUAUCGUUGAAAUGCGGGAGACCACCGGUACUUCCUGGGUGGAGUUAGCAGCCACUGUCAUACGCACCACAUUUAAGGCAGCCCGGCUCAUCACUGGAACAGGAUAUCAGUUCCGUGUUAAGGCCCAGAAUCGAUACGGCAUUGGACCGUCCAUUGUCUCUGAGCCAGUGGUGGCCACCUACCCGUUUGAUGUCCCAGGCCAGCCAGGGCCUCCUGCAGUCACAUCUUACAAUAAGGAUGCAAUGACUCUGAGCUGGAACGAGCCAUCUUCAGAUGGAGGCAGUGCCAUUCUGGGCUACCAUGUGGAACGAAAAGAGAGGAAUAGCAUUCUGUGGCAGAGGAUCAGCAAAGCUCUUGUGAUAGGGAACAUCUUCAAAUCAACUGGCCUGGUCGAUGGAAUUGAAUACGAACACCGUGUUAUUGCUGAAAACUUGGCCGGUCUCAGCAAACCCAGCAAACCCUCUGACCCAUUGUAUGCUCUGGACCCGGUGGAUCCACCAGGCAGACCUUUGGCACUGAACAUCACCAGACAUGAGGUAACUGUUUCCUGGACCAAACCAGAGGCAGACGGAGGAUUUUCCAUCACCGGAUACACUGUGGAGAGGAGAGAGCUCCCGAAUGGGCGGUGGCUCAAAGCCAACUUCAACAACAUCCUCGAGACGGUCUACACAGUUAGUGGUCUGAUUGAAGACACGGUUUAUGAAUUCCGCGUGUUUGCUCGCAACUCGGCAGGGGCCGUGAGUGCACCUUCGCAACCCUCAGAAGCCAUCACAUGCAGGGAUGACAUUGAAGAGCCCCGGCUCAACGUCGACUCCAUUUACAGCAGCAAUGUUGUCGUCAAGGCAGGAGAGGUGUUUACACUGGAGGCCGAUGUGACGGGUCGGCCCAUCCCCUCACUUGUGUGGACCAAGGACGGGAAGGAACUCGAAGAUACCGGCAAGUUGGAGAUCAAGGUGUCUGCUUUCCACACAGCUCUGAUUAACAAAGACUCUUUGAGAAGAGAUGGCGGCACAUUCACCCUGACUGCCAGUAACCCCGGUGGCUAUGCUAAAUUCGCUUUCAAUGUCAAGGUCCUCGAUAGACCCGGACCGCCCGACUCCUUAAUCGUUACUGACAUUGCUGCAGAGAAAUGUGUCCUCAACUGGCUGCACCCGACACAUGACGGCGGUGCCAAGAUUGACUACUUCAUCAUUCAGAAGCGUGAGACCAGCAGGUUGGCUUGGACAAAUGUGGCCACAGAUCUACAAGCAAACAGGUUCAAGGUCACCAAGCUUCUUGAGGGCAAUGAGUAUGUCUUCAGAGUUAUGGCUGUGAAUAAGUAUGGCACUGGAGAGCCGGUGGAGUCCCUGCCUGUCAUAUGUGCCAAUCCCUACGUUCCCAGUGACCCGCCCACGCAGCCCGAGGUCACCACCAUCACCAAAGACUCAAUGGUGGUCUGCUGGGAGCGCCCCGAACAAGACGGAGGGAGCAGCAUCAACACUUACAUCAUCGAGAGAAGGGAUAAGACUGGGCUGCGCUGGGUCAAGUGCAACAAAAGGACUGUCACUGACCUACGAUUCAAGGCCUCUGGCCUCACACCGGGCCACGAGUAUGAGUUCAGAGUUUUUGCCGAGAACAAUGCCGGACUGAGCCAGCCGAGUCCCUCGAGUCCGUUCUACAAAGCCAUGGACACAAUAUUCCGGCCUGGACCUCCAGGUAACCCUCGAGUUCUAGACACAACCAAGUCAUCCAUCAGCCUUGCUUGGAAUAAGCCCAUCUAUGAUGGUGGUUCUGAAAUCACUGGCUACAUUGUGGAGACCUGCCUGCCAGAAGAGGAUGAAUGGACAAUUCACACUCCUAAGAAGGGAUGGACAGCUACCUCUUUCACUAUCACUGGCCUGAAAGAGAACCAAGACUACAAAAUCAACAUCUGUGCCACCAAUUGCGAAGGUGUGGGAGAGCCUGCUGCUCUCCCCGGAACCUCGAAAGCCGAAGAUAGGCUACUGCCCCCCGAAAUCGAACUUGGAGCGGAUCUCCGUAAGGUAGUCAGCAUCAGAGCCUGUGGCACCCUCAGGCUCUUUGUGCCUAUUAAAGGCAGGCCGGCACCUGACGUCAAAUGGUCAAGAGAACACGGGGAGUCUCUGGACAAAGCUAACAUUGAAGUCACCUCAUCAUUCACCACUCUGCAAGUUGAAAACGUAGACAGAUUUGAUAGUGGUAAAUACAUGGUCACUGUAGAAAAUGCCUCUGGAAGUAAGACGGCUUUUGUUAACGUCAGGGUGCUAGACACACCCGGAGCACCUCAGAACCUUCUCAUCAAGGAGGUUACCAAAGACUCAGUCUCCCUCAUUUGGGAUGCACCUUUAAUUGAUGGCGGCUCCAGAGUCCGUAAUUACAUAGUAGAGAAGCGCGAGUCAACCAGGAAGGCCUACUCCACUGUUUGUGCAAACUGCCACAAAUCCAGCUGGAAAGUUGGAGAGCUGGAGGAAGGAAAGAUGUACUUCUUCAGAAUUCUGGCCGAGAACGAAUAUGGCAUUGGCCUCCCGGUGGAGACGUUUGACCCCAUUAAGGCGUCAGAGAGACCGCUACCUCCAGGAAAGGUUUCCCUCCGUGAGGUGACCGGCACCAGUGUUACGCUGACCUGGGAGAAGCCCGAUCAUGAUGGUGGCAGCAGAAUCACUGGCUACAUUGUGGAGAUGCAGGGCAGUGAAAGUGAAAAGUGGACCCAGGUCAUGGUAGUCAAGACCAACGAGGUGGUUGUAACCGGUUUGACACAGGGAGAGGAGUACAUGUUCCGUAUCUCGGCAACCAAUGAAAAGGGAGUUAGUGAUCCACGUGCUCUCAGCAUGCCCGUGGUGGCCAAGGACCUGGUUAUAGCGCCAAUGUUUAAAUUGGCUUUCAGCACGUUUAGCGUGUUAGCGGGAGAUGAUCUCAAGAUCGACGUAGCUUAUGCUGCCUGUCCCAAAGCAACAGCAACUUGGUUCAAAGACGGUGUCACCCUCAAGGAGACAACGAGAGUCAACACUGUAAGCAACGACAAGAACCUUCUCCUGGUCAUUAAGGAGGCCUGCAGAGAUGAUGUGGGCACAUAUUCAAUCAAACUUGUAAACCCAGCUGGUGAGGCGACUACAGACAUAAAUGUGGUGGUCCUGGACAAGCCAGGCCCUCCAACUGGCCCAAUCAAGCUGGAUGAGGUCACUGCAGACAGUGUGGUCUUGUCCUGGAAUCCUCCGGAGUACGACGGUUGCUGUAGCAUCAACAAUUAUGUUGUUGAGAAGAGAGACACGUCGACUACUAACUGGCAGAUCGUAUCAGCGACAGUGGCCAGAACCACCAUAAAAGCUGUACGUCUGAAGACUGGAUGCGAGUACCAAUUCCGGAUUGCCGCAGAGAAUCGAUAUGGCAAGUCCUCGCCGCUGCUCUCUGAAAGCAUCGUGGCUCAGUAUCCGUUUGAUGUACCAGCUUCACCGCGUUUGGUGGUUGUCCAGUCAGCCACCAAGGAGUCCAUGCUGGUCGUAUGGGAUAAACCCAGCAGUGAUGGUGGAAGUAAAAUCCUGGGCUACCACCUCGAGCUCAAAGAGAAAAACAGCAUUUUGUGGGUGAAGCAGAACAAACAGCUCAUCCCAGAGGCCCGAUUCAAAGUAGGUGGCCUGGAAGAGGGUCUUGAAUACGAGUUCCGAGUUUACGCUGAGAACAUUGUCGGCCUAAGCAAAGCGAGUGUCGUGAGUGAGUUACAGGUCGCCAGAGACCCCUGUGACAGACCAGGAAGGCCGGAGGCUGUUAUUGUGACCAGAAACCAGGUGACCCUCCGAUGGAACAAACCUGAGUAUGAUGGUGGCAUAAAAAUCACCGGAUAUGUGGUGGAGAAGAAGGAAGGAGCCGGACGCUGGAUGAAGGCCAGUUUCGCCAAUGUCAUUGAGACUUCCUUUGUUGUCACGGGUCUCACCGAAGAUCAGAUUUAUGAGUUCCGUGUCAUUGCCAAAAAUGCAGCGGGUGUCAGCAGUCAACCAUCUGACUCUACAGGAGCGAUCACUGCCAAGGAUGAGGUGGUUCCGCCCCAAAUCGACCUGGAUGCCAAAUACUCCCAGACUGUGGUUGUGAAUGCUGGAGAGUCAUUCUGUCUUGAGGCAGCUAUGUCGGGAAAACCUCUACCCACGGUCCUCUGGCUGAAGGAGGGUCAAGUCAUGAGUGAAGCAGCACGCUUGGAAGUCAAGAACACAGACUUUUUAGCCUGUAUAGUUGUCAAAGAAGCCAUUCGUGUUGAUGGAGGCCAGUAUACUUUGCUGGUGAAGAAUGUAGGCGGAGAGAAAUCUGUGAACUUUAAUGUGAAAGUUCUGGACAGGCCAGGUCCACCUGAGGGCCCUAUUUCAAUCUAUGGGGUCACUAGUGAGAAGUGCUCCAUUUCCUGGAAACCACCUUUGCAGGAUGGCGGUAGUGAUGUUUCCCAUUACAUUGUUGAAAGGAGAGAGACUAGCAGACUGGUUUGGACAGUAGUCGAACAAAAAGUUCAGACCCUCAACCUGAAGAUCACCAAGCUUCUUCCUGGCAAUGAGUACAUCUUCAGAGUGAUUGCAGUGAACAAGUAUGGAGUUGGUGAGCCUCUGGAAUCAGAGCCCACUGUUGCCAGAAAUCCAUUUGUAGCUCCCAACCCACCAACAGAGGUAGACGUCUCCACGAUUACCAAAGACUCCAUGGUCGUGACCUGGGAACGACCAAGUAAUGACGGUGGUAGUGUCAUCCAAGGUUACGUUGUGGAGAAACGUGACAAGGACGGUGUUAGAUGGACCAGGUGCAACAAGCGUAACGUGAGCGAGCUCCGUUUCAGAGUUACUGGGCUCCAAGAAAACCACAGCUACGAAUUUAGGGUCUCUGCCGAGAAUGCUGCCGGCUUGGGAACACCCAGUUCCCCAACAACGUAUUACAAAGCUUUGGAUCCCGUCUUCAAACCAGGCCCGCCAAACAAUCCCAAAGUGGUGGACACCUCAAGAUCGACCGUUUCCCUGACCUGGGGUAAACCCAUCUAUGACGGUGGCUGUGAGAUUCAGGCGUACAUUGUGGAGGCGUGCAACAGUGCGUCAGAUGAGUGGUUCAUGUGCACUCCUUCCUCUGGAAUCGCAGAAACGUGGUUUACGGUGACAAAGCUCCUGGAGAAGCACGAGUACCAGUUCAGAGUGUGUGCCAUCAACAAAAUCGGUGUCGGUGAGCAGGCGGAUUUUCCGGGAAAAAUCAUUCUGGAAGAGAAGCUUGAAGCGCCUGACCUGGACCUGGACGCCGACAUGAGAAAGAUGAUCAACAUUAGAGCCGCAAGCACACUUAGGCUCUUUGUUCCUAUAAGAGGUCGUCCAGCCCCGGAGGUGAGAUGGGGCAAGGCUGACGGGGAGCUGAAGGAGACAGCCCAAAUUGACAACACAGAUAGCUAUGCGUCACUUGUGAUUGAGAACGUGGACAGAUUUGACACAGGCAAAUACACGCUGACUGCCGAGAACGCCAGCGGAAUAAAGUCUGCCUUCAUCAGCGUCAGAGUCCUGGACACCCCCAGCCCCCCAAAUAACCUCCUGGUGAAGGAGAUUACCAAGAAUUCUGUCACCCUGACAUGGGAGCCUCCGCUCCUCGAUGGCGGCUCAAAGAUUAAGCAGUACAUUGUGGAAAAGCGGGAGAGCACUCGGAAGGUUUACUCUCCAAUCACCAUCUGCAAUAAGAUGACAUGGAAAGUGGAAUCUCUCCCAGAGGGAGGACUAUUCUUCUUUAGAGUGAUGGCUGAGAACGAGUAUGGUGUCGGUCUGCCCGCGAAAACCUUCGAACCAAUUAAGAUAUCUGAGAAGCCGCAGCCCCCUGGUAAAGUCAGCGUUGUUGAUGCCACACACAGUACUGUCACCUUGACGUGGGAGAAGCCCAUACAUGAUGGCGGCAGCAGGAUAACCCACUAUGAAGUCGAACUGGCUCCAAAGGACACCGACUCUUGGUCUGUUUGUACCAGUGGGAAGGCAACCGAGGCCCUGGUGAGUAAUCUGCUCAAGGGAGAAGAGUAUCAGUUCAGAGUGGUCGCUGUCAAUGACAAGGGCAGGAGCGACCCCAGGCAACUGGCUCAUUCAGUUGUCGCCAAGGACCUUGUGAUUGAGCCUUCCGUCAGACCGAAAACCAGUUGCUACAGUGUUCAAGUGGGACACGACCUCAAGAUUGAAGUGCCAGUUGCAGGCCAUCCAAAGCCGACCAUCUCUUGGUCCAAGGAUGGAGUCCUCCUCAAGCAGACCACCAGAGUAAACGUCACAGAUUCAGCCCAUCAGACCACACUUGCAAUUAAAGACGCCACCAGAGAGGACGGAGGCAUGUACAGCAUUACCGUUGCCAAUGAUCUGCAAUCCAAGGAAGCCACUGUUGAGGUUAUCACUUUAGAUAAGCCCGGACCACCUUCAGGACCUGUCAAAUUAGAGGAUAUCAGUGCAGAGAGCGUCACACUGACAUGGGAACCUCCCACGUACACAGGCGGCUGCCAAAUAUCAAACUACGUUGUCGAGAAACGAGAUACCACCACCACUAACUGGCUCGUGGUGUCUGCCACUGUGGCAAGAACAACACUCAAAGUGGGCAAUCUGAAGACCGGCGCUGAGUAUCAAUUCCGAAUCUAUGCUGAGAACAGAUAUGGCAAGAGUUAUGCCAUUGAUUCUGACCCGGUUGUGGCACAGUAUCCAUUCCAGGAGCCUGGCCCACCGGGUACGCCCUUUGUAUCUUCAUACGCUAAAGACUACAUGGUAGUGGAGUGGCACAAACCUCCGUCUGACGGAGGCAGCGCUAUCUUGGGAUAUCAUCUUGAAAGGAAAGAGAAGAACAGCAUACUUUGGACCAAGAUUAACAAAACUCUCAUCCAAGACUGCAGGUUCAAAUCCACUCCUCUGGAGGAAGGCAUUGAGUAUGAAUACAGAGUCUAUGCUGAGAACAUUGUCGGCAUUGGAAAGUCCAGUAAAGUGUCAGAGGUCUAUGUGGCCCGCGAUCCGUGUGAUCCUCCUGGAUGUCCAGUUGCACUGAUAGUGACCAGACACUCGGUGAAGCUCAGGUGGGCGGCGCCGCAGUACAACGGUGGAAGUCUAAUUACUGGCUAUGUCGUGGAGAAACGUGAUCUUCCUGAAGGAAAGUGGAUGAAGGCCAGCUUUGCAAAUGUCACGGACCUUGAAUUCACAGUGACGGGCUUGAAAGAAAACAGCAAAUAUGACUUUAGAGUCAUUGCAAGAAAUGCAGCAGGUGCGGUCAGCAAGCCUUCUGAGAGCAGUGGAUCCAUCACAGCCAAAGACGAAGUUGAUCCGCCCAAGUGUGAGACAGACGCCAUGUACAAUCAAACCCUUGUCAUCAAUGCUGGGGACACAUUCAGUUUGGAGGCCAAAGUGGACGGGAAGCCCAUUCCGACGGCUCAGUGGUUUAAGGGCGAUGUUGAAGUGGAAAACUCGGCCAGAGCGGAGAUUAAAAAUACAGACUUUAAGGCCCUUCUUGUUGUGAAGGACGCUAUCAGAGUGGACGGCGGGCAAUACACACUGGUACUCACCAAUGUGGCAGGCAGCAAGACUCUUCCAUUCAGUGUAAAGGUCCUCGACAGACCAGGUCCAUCAGAGGGACCUCUUACUGUGAGCAAUAUCACUGAGGAGAAGUGCUCCCUGUCAUGGCUUCCACCAAAGCACGAUGGAGGCAGCGGAAUUUCUCACUACAUCAUUCAGAAGCGAGAGACAAGCCGCCUGGCGUGGACCGUGGUCUCCAGUGACUGUGCCGCCACCAUGUUCAAAGUCACCAAACUCUUGAAGGGAAACGAAUACAUCUUCAGGGUCAUGGCAUGCAACAAAUACGGCGAGGGUGAGCCUCUGGAGUCGGCUCCAGUUAUCAUGAGGAAUCCAUUUGUCCCACCUGGCACACCUCGGGAGAUUGAGAUUACCAACAUUACCAGGGACUCCAUGACUGUCUGCUGGAACCGUCCUGAGACCAACGGAGGCAGUGAAAUUGUUGGCUACAUUGUGGAAAAGAGAGACCGGGCUGGCAUAAGGUGGACCAAGUGCAACAAGCGCAGGGUAACAGACUUGCGUUUCCGAGUGACGGGCCUAACCGAGGACCACGAAUACGAAUUCAGGGUUUCUGCUGAGAAUGCAGCUGGCGUGGGUCAGCCGAGCCCCGCCACACCUUACCUGAAAGCCUGUGACCCCACAUUUGAGCCUGGCAGCCCCACCAACGUCCAUGUGACAGACACCACAAAGGACUCCAUAAGCCUGGCAUGGCACAGGCCCAUAUAUGAUGGUGGCUGUGAGAUUCAAGGCUACGCUGUUGAAAUCACGAAGGCUGAUGAGGAGGAGUGGACAAUUUGCACACCACCUUCCGGAGUGAAUGUCACCAAGUUCACCAUCACCAAGCUGACUGAGUAUCAGGAAUACAAAGUGCGCGUGUGUGCCAUCAACAAGGUGGGAAUUGGGGAGCCAACCGAAGUCCAGGGCAGAGUUCGGCCUGUGGAUAAAAUGAAUGCUCCAGAGAUGAUUCUGGAUGCUGAACUCCGAAAGGGCAUUGUUGUCCGUGCGGGAGCCCCGAUGAGAAUUGGCAUUCCGUUUAAGGGUCGUCCUACACCUGACAUUAGCUGGACCAAGGAGGACAGUGACCUGCCCAGUAAAGUUGAACUUGAGACGGGAGAAGACUACACACAGCUCUCCAUCAACAUCUGUGACAGAAAUGAUGCCGGAAAAUACAUCCUUAAUCUGCAGAACAGCGCUGGCACCAAGUCUGCAUUUGUGUCUGUCAAAGUUCUGGACACUCCAGGAGCCCCCACCAACCUCACCGUCAAAGAUAUUAAACGGGAGAGUGUCACCCUGAGUUGGGAGCCUCCUCUUAUUGACGGCGGCGCAAGAAUAAAGAAUUACCUGGUUGAAAAGCGCGAGUCCAACAGGAAGGUUUACGCUAAUGUGGACAACAAGUGCACAAAGACCAGCUACCGGGUUACCGGCCUCACUGAGGGAGCAAUCUACUACUUUCGGGUCCUUGCCGAAAAUGAGUUUGGAGUAGGACUACCAAUUGAGACAACAGACUCGGUUAAGACCUCUGAGCCUCCUCUGUCAGUUGGUAAAGUCACUUUGACCGAAGUCACUAAAACAACCGCCUCGCUGUCAUGGGAAAAACCAGUCCACGACGGAGGAAGCAGGAUUAUCGGUUACUACAUCGAAAUGCAAACCAUGGACUCCGAGGAAUGGGUGGUGGCUGCCACAACCAAGACCUGUGAAGGCAUGGUCACGGGCCUAAGUCCUGGACAUGAAUAUCUUUUCAGAGUAUCUGCCUUCAAUGACAAGGGUAAGAGUGACCCAAGGCCUCUCUCUGCGCCAGUCAUUGCCAAGGAUUUGACCACGUUGCCCGGAUUCAAGAUGAGAUUCAACACUUAUAGUUUGCAAAGCGGAGAAGAUUUGAAGAUUGAAAUUCCUGUGACUGGACGUCCGGUCCCUAAAGUGGAGUGGAAGAAAGAAGGACAGGCUCUUAAAGAGACGACCAGGCUAAACGUAUCUGGCACGCCUACAUCUACAAAGCUUUGCAUCAAGGAUGCAAAGCGGGAGGAUUCCGGCAAAUAUACCGUCACAGCCACCAGCAAUGUCGGAACUGCAACCGAAGAGAUUACUGUUGUCAUUCUUGAUAAACCGGGCCCGCCCACUGGUCCUGUGAAGAUUGACGAAGUGAGCUCCAAUUAUGUAACACUCUCCUGGGAACCACCAACGUAUACUGGCGGCUGUCAGAUUAACAACUACAUUGUGGAGAAGAGAGACACCACCACAACGGCUUGGCAGAUUGUGUCUGCGACCAUCGCCCGAACAACCAUCAAGGUCAGCAACUUGAAGACUGGCGUGGAAUAUCAGUUCAGAGUGUCUGCUGAGAACAGGUAUGGAAAGAGUUCUGCCAUUGUCUCCCCACAAGUGAUGGCUCAGUAUCCAUUCAGCGUGCCUGAUGCACCAGUGGUCCCCGUUGUAACCGCUGCGACCAAGGACAGCAUGGUCGUUGAAUGGAAGCCACCCGCAAACAAUGGUGGGAGUCCCAUUCUUGGCUAUCAUCUGGAAAGGAAGGAGAAAAACAGCCUCCUCUGGACUCAACUCAACAAGCUGCUCAUCCCCGAUGCACGUUUCAAGACUGCAGAUCUGGAGGAGGGCAUUGAAUACGAAUUCAGGGUUUAUGCCGAAAACAUUGCAGGACUUAGUCCGGUCAGCAAGGUUUCAGAUAGCGCAGUGGCCCGUGACCCCAUCGACCCACCGGGUGCUCCCGAGGCCAUUGAAAUAACACGGAACCACGUAACACUUAAGUGGACCACCCCGCCGUAUGACGGAGGCAGCGUGAUUACCGGCUACCUGAUUGAAAGUAGGAAACACCCUGAUACUCGCUGGAUGAAGGCCAGUUUUACCAAUAUAAUUGACACCCAGUUCACUCUCACUGGCCUGACUGAGGACUGCAUUUAUGAGUUCAGAGUUGUUGCCAAGAACGCAGCUGGUCUGUCCAGCCGUCCCUCUCCGAGCACAGGGGAAAUAACUGCCAAAGAUGAAAUUGAGGCCCCCGACGCAACCAUGGAUUCCAAAUUCAAGGAUCUAACAGUCGUUCGUGCUGGUGAGACUUUUGUCAUUGAUGCAGACUACACCGGCAAGCCUCUGCCUGAGGUCAUCUGGUUGAAGGAUGGAAAGGAGAUUGACAACACUAUGCCAAGAAUGGAGAUCAAGACCACACUCACACGCACCGUCUUGACCGUGAAGGACUGCAUCCGAACAGAUGGCGCACACUUUGCUCUCAAACUUGUGAAUGUCGGAGGAGUCAAGAUGAUCCCAGUUAACGUCAAGGUACUGGAUAGACCCGGCCCACCAGAUGGCCCGCUAGAGGUCAAAGGUGUCACGACUGAAAAGUGCUACCUGCAUUGGAACCAUCCCUCGCAGGACGGCGGCGCCAGCAUUUCACACUACAUCGUUGAGAAGAGAGAAACCAGCCGUUUGUCGUGGACUAUGGUGGAGCCCAAGAUUCAAGCCAUCAGCUAUAAAGUCACCAAACUGCUACCUGGAAAUGAGUACAUCUUCCGUGUCACGGCUGUCAACAAAUAUGGUGUUGGAGAGCCGUUAGAAUCAGAGCCAGUUGUUGCCCGCAAUCCCUUCACUACUCCGAGUGCGCCGUCCACGCCAGAGGCCGGUGUCGUCACCAGAGACUCCAUUGUGCUUACCUGGGAAAGGCCGGAGAGCAACGGGGGAGCCGAGAUCGAGGGCUACAUCCUUGAAAAACGUGACAAGGAUGGCAUUCGAUGGAGCAAAUGCAACAAGAAGAGGCUGUCUGACCUGAGGUUCAGAUGCACGGGUCUCACUGAGGGCCACUCUUAUGAAUUCAGGGUCUCUGCUGAAAAUGCCGCCGGCGUGGGCAAGCCCAGCGCACCAACUCAGUACAUCAAGGCAUGUGAUGCCAUUUACCCACCAGGACCUCCAAACAACCCAAAGGUCACUGACCAUUCCAGCACAACGGUCUCGUUGACUUGGACUCGGCCUAUAUAUGACGGCGGAGCGCCCAUCACUGGUUACAUUGUUGAAAUAAAGGAGGCUGCGCUGGAUGAAUGGGUCAUUUGCACCCCACACACUGGUGUGCAGGCUACUAACUACACAGUGAAAAAACUGAGGGAGAACACCGAAUACAAUGUUCGCGUUUGCGCCCUUAACUGUGAGGGCGUGGGUGAACACGUAGACCUGCCCGGCAGUGUCAUCGCCGCUGAGAAGCUGGAAGCUCCUGAAAUUGAACUCGACUGUGAUCUUAGAAAGAUGGUCAACGUCAGGGCCACAGCGUCCUUGCGUCUGUUCGUCACAAUUCGAGGGAAGCCUGAGCCGGAGGUCCGGUGGUCAAAGGCAGAUGGCACUCUGAAUGAGCGUGCCCAGAUUGAGGUGACGAGCUCCUACACCAUGUUAGUAAUUGAAAAUGUCGACAGAUUUGAUACCGGCAAAUAUGUGCUAACUCUGGAGAACAUGAGUGGUUCUAAGUCGGCCUUCAUCAACGUCCGAGUCCUGGACUCACCUAGCGCACCGACGAAGCUUGAGGUGAAAGAUGUGAAAAGAAAUUCAGUGUCUCUCUCUUGGGAGCCUCCUCUAAUCGAUGGAGGGGCAAAGAUAUCUCAUUAUAUUGUGGAGAAGAGAGAGCAGAAGAGAAUGGCCUUCACCAGCGUCAGCACCAACUGUGUGAGGAACUCUUACAUGAUCUCUGAUCUGCAGGAGGGAGGCCGGUAUUACUUCCGUGUGCUGGCUGUAAAUGAACUUGGCGUGGGUCUGCCUGCCUCCACGGAACAAGUCAAAGUCUCUGAGGCUCCUUUGCCUCCUGGCAGGGUUCAGCUGAUGGAUGUGACUCGUCACACGGUCACGCUAUCCUGGGAGAAACCUGACCAUGAUGGUGGCAGCAAGAUUACAGGCUACAUUGUGGAGAUGCAGCCCUACGGAGACGAAAUGUGGAGUUUGUGCAGUGAAGUUAAAGCACUAGAGGCCACUGUUGAAGGUCUCACAACAGAUGAGGAGUACUUUUUCAGGGUUGUUGCGGUGAAUGAGAAGGGUCGGAGUGACCCCAAACCUCUUGCUGACCCCGUCAUUGUGAAGGACAUCACAGUACAACCCAUCGUCAACCUGCUGUUCAAUACGUUCAGUGUUAAAGCUGGAGAUGACCUGAAGAUUGAUGUCCCCUUCAAGGGCAGGCCGCAACCUGAGGUGACCUGGAAAAAGGACAGCCAGGUGCUGAAGCAGACCACUCGCGUCAAUGUUCUCACCUCACAAACCUCGUCUAAAAUCUUCAUCAAGGAUGCCACCAAGGAAGACGUAGGGAAAUACGAGAUCACCCUGACUAAUGCAGUGGGCACGACGACGGGUGAAAUCUCUGUUAUCAUCCUGGACAAACCGGGCCCGCCCAGUAACGUUAAGCUGGAUGAGGUGAGCGCUGACUUCGUCUCUCUGUCUUGGGAUGCUCCGACCUACGAUGGCGGAUGCCAGAUUAAUAAUUACGUGGUGGAAAAGAGAGACACGACCACAACCGUAUGGCAGAUUGUGUCUGCUACUGUUGCCAGGACCUCAAUCAAAGUGUCCCAUCUCACUCAGGGAACAGAGUAUCAGUUCCGUGUUGCAGCUGAGAAUCGAUACGGCAAGAGUCAUGCCGUUGACUCUGCUUCCGUUGUUGCUCAGUACCCAUUCGAACCUCCGGGCUCUCCCGUCAACAUUCGUGUUUCCCAUGCCAACAAGUCUGGCAUGCUUGUGGUUUGGGAUCGACCGAUCACGGAUGGCGGCAGCCCCGUCACUGGUUAUCACAUUGAAAGCAAAGACCAAAGCAGCAUUCUUUGGACCAAGAUGAACAGAGGUCUUCUGGCUGAGAGCCAGUUUAAGAUGACUGGCAUUGAAGAAGGCUUGUUCUAUCAGUUUAGAGUCUAUGCAGAGAACAUCGCUGGCAUCGGUCCAGGCUCUAAAGCCAGUGAGCCAGUGGCAGCAAGGGAUCCAUGUGAACCUCCUCGCAACCUUAAAGUCACCAACAUCACGAGGACCUCAGUCUCUCUCUUCUGGGAGAGGCCAGAACAUGAUGUUGGGACCAAGAUUACUGGCUACAUUGUUGAACGCAAAGAGGUUCCAAAUGGCCGCUGGCUGAAAUGUAACUUCACCAACCUGCAGGACACUUACUUCGAUGUCACAGGCCUAACUGAAGAUGUCCAAUAUGACUUCCAUGUUAUUGCAAAGAAUUCCGCCGAGAUGUUAAGUGUGCCUUCUGAGAGUACUGGACCUGUAACAGUCAAGGAUGAUGUAGAUCCGCCCACAAUUAUCUUGGAGGAAAAGUUCAGACAGCUGCUUGUCAUUAAAGCAGGAGAGAUUAUUCAAAUCGACGCUGAAACAACCGGGCGUCCCCUUCCUGUCGUGUCGUGGUCUAAGGAUGGAAAGGAGAUUGAAGCCAAGGCCAGAUGUGAAGUCACCACCACCAACUUCACAACUACCCUGCUCGUAAGAGAUGCUAUCAGGAGGGACUCUGGCCAAUACGUCCUGACUCUGCACAAUGUGGCAGGAACCAGGUCUGUGGCUAUCAACUGCAAAGUUCUGGAUAGGCCUGGACCUUCUUCUGGACCCUUAGCUGUGUCUGGCCUGACAGCAGAAAAAUGCACCCUGACCUGGGGCCCGCCUCAGGAGAACGGGGGCGCCGAUAUCAUGCAUUACAUUGUUGAAAAACGGGAGACGAGCCGGCUGGCUUGGACUCUUGUACAUGGUGACAUGAAGGCCACCACCUGCAAAGUCACCAAGUUGCUGAAAGGGAAUGAGUACAUCUUCAGAGUUAGAGGAGUCAACAAAUAUGGGGAUGGCGAAGCCCUUGAAAGUGAGCCAACAAAGGCCAUGGAUCCGUUCACAGUCCCCGCUGCUCCCACUAAUGUCCAGGUCACCUCCGUUACGAGCGAGGCAAUGACCAUCUGCUGGGAAAGACCGGUGUCUGACGGUGGUAGCAGCAUUGCUGGCUAUGUCAUCGAAAAAAGAGAGAAAGCCGGCCUUCGCUGGUGCCGUGUUAACAAGAAACCGGUUUAUGACCUCAGAGUCAAAGCGUCACACCUUCGUGAGGGCUGCGAGUAUGAAUACCGAGUGUUUGCAGAGAAUGCCGCCGGGCUCAGUGCUCCCAGCAUUGCCUGUCCACUCACCAAGGCGGAAGAUCCCCAGUUCUUGCCUUCCCCACCCGCUAAGCCCAAGAUCAUUGACUCAACAAAGACCACUGUGACCCUGUCCUGGAAUAGACCCCUCUUUGACGGUGGUGCACCUGUGACCGGUUACCGAGUAGAAUACAGAAACACUUUGGAUGAUGAAUGGACUGUCGGUGUCCAGAACACCAACAAUACAGAGUUCACAGUGGUGGGACUGACCCCUGGUGCAGAGUACGUGUUUGUGGUCAAGUCCAUCAACAAGAUUGGAGUCAGCGAGCCCAGUCCGGAGUCAGACAAACAGCUGGCCCAGGAACGGGAAGAAGAGCCCGUCUUUGACAUCAGCAAUGAUAUGAGGAAAACUCUUAUCGUGAAGGAUGGCAGCUCCUUCACCAUGACGGUGCCCUUCAGAGGCAAACCCAUCCCCACUGUGACUUGGAGCAAGCCCGAUGUUGACCUAAGGGUCCGUGCUGUCAUUGACACCACAGACACCUUCACCUCAAUCACUUUGGAGAAAGCCACUCGCAAUGAUUCGGGAAAAUAUACCAUCACCUUGUCCAGUGUAGCCGGUACUGCCUCCUUGACCCUCAACGUCAGAGUCCUGGAUUCUCCUGGACCUCCGGCAUCUGUCGUGGUCAAGGAUGUGACCAAGAACUCUGCGACUGUGACAUGGGAUACUCCAGAGAAUGAAGGAGGAGGGCCAGUAAAGAACUAUCUAUUGGACAUUCGUGAGGCCAGCAAGAAAGGCUGGACUCAGUUGACCGACACGUGCCAUAGGUUGACAUACAAGGUGUCAGAUCUGCAAGAGGGAGGAGUCUACUACUUCAGAGUGACCGGCGAGAACGAGUAUGGCAUUGGAGUUCCCGCUGAGACCAAAGAGGGAACCAAGAUCACAGAAAAACCAAGCCCACCAGCUAAGCUUGCAGUGACUGAUGUGACCAAGGAGAGUGUAACCCUGGCUUGGGUCAAACCAGAGCAAAGCGGAGGCAGCAGAAUUACGGGAUAUCUGGUGGAGGCGUUGGAGAAAGGCCAGGAGAAGUGGGUCAAGUGUGGCGUAACCAAGUACUUGCAAUACACAGUGUCUGGCCUGAGGGAGAACACAGAGUACUUCUUCAGAGUCCGAGCUGAGAAUCAAGCUGGAUUCAGUGAUGUCAAAGAAAUGAUCACCCCGGUUUUGGUCAAAGACCAACAAGAAUCUCCUGAGGUGGUGAUGAAGGACUUCCCCCACAACACAGUCUAUGUCAGAGCUGGCUCCACUCUCAAAUGUGAGAUUCCGCUAAUAGGCAGGCCACUGCCCAAGGUGACUCUCUCCAAGGACGACGUGAUACUUAAGUCAACCAUGAGGUUCAACUCCGAAGUCACUCCCGACAGCAUAAAGAUCACGCUGCGCGAAAGCAUCGCAGGAGACUCUGGACGUUACGAUAUCCUGGCUUCCAACUCAAGUGGCACCACCAAGUCUUUUGUCAACAUUGUGGUUCUGGACAGGCCCAGUGUUCCGCUGGGACCUGUAGAGCUGUUUGACAUCACGGAGGACAGCGUGAGUCUGAAGUGGCUCCCGCCCGCCUAUGAGGGUGGCAGCCCCAUCACAAACUACAUCAUCCAAAAGAGGGAGACGACCACGGCCAGCUGGACGGACGUCUCCUCUGCUGUGGCUCGCUGCACCAUCAAGAUCCAGAAGCUUACAACAGGCCUGGAGUACCAGUUCAGGAUUAGGGCUGAGAACAGAUAUGGAAUCAGCGAGCACCUUGACUCACCACCUGUUGCAAUUAGCCUCCCUUACACCUUGCCUGAAGCACCCUCCAUUCCAGAGGUCACUGCUGUGACCAGGGAGACCAUCACUGUAGCCUGGAAGGAGCCCAAGUCAGACGGAGGCAGUCACGUUUUUGGCUACCAUCUCCAGAUGAAAGACAAGAACAGCAUCCUGUGGCAAAAAGUCAACAGAAUGGUCAUCCGGGCCACUCACUUUAAGGUCACAAGCAUUCACGCCGGACUCAUUUAUGAGUUCAAGGUGGCAGCCGAGAACGCUGCUGGAAUCAGUGAAUUCAGCAGAGUUUCUGAUCCAGUGCUGGCAAUUGACGCCUGUGAACCGCCCACCAAUUUGCGCAUUAGUGAUAUCACCAAGAACUCCAUCAGCCUGGUCUGGCAGGUGCCUAACUUUGACGGGGGAUCCCAGAUCACGGGGUACAUGGUGGAGAAGAGAGAAGGAGUCGUUGGCAGGUGGUCCAAGGCAAACCUAACCAACAUCAAAGACACACGCUACACCGUGACUGGUCUGACUCAGGAUCAGACCUAUGAGUUCAGAGUAAUGGCCAAGAACGCGGUGGGCUCAGUGAGCAAUCCUUCCAUGACAGCUGGACCCGCCACAUGCGUUGACAACUUUGGUGCUCCAGAAAUUGAAAUACCGGCAGAGUACUUGAACGAGGUGAAGCAUAGGGCAGGCUCGGAUGUCGAACUCAAGUUUAACGUCACUGCGAAGCCUUCACCUACCAUUGAGUGGCUAAAGGAUGGAAGAGAACUCAAAGCCGGUGCCCAACUCUCCUUUAAACACACCUUUGAAUCCACAAGUCUGUUCCUGAGGGACACCUCCCGCCUGAACUCUGGUACCUAUGAAGUCAAGGUGAAGAACUCCCUGGGUUCAGCCUGUGCGGUUGUCAGAUUGCUCAUCCAAGACAGGCCAGGGCCCCCUGCUGGAGAGAUCCAGUUUAAGAAGGUGACCGCCGACAACAUCACCAUCAUGUGGUCUCCUCCUGCUGACGAGGCCGGUGCCAUGGUGACGCACUACAUUGUGGAAAAGAGGGAGACCAGCAGAGUCAUGUGGUCCAUCAUCUCGGAGAAACUUGUCGACUGCAUCGUUAACGUGCCCAGACUCAUCCAGGGCAACGAAUACAUCUUCAGAGUCCGCGGGGUCAACAAAUAUGGCAUCGGUGACCCUCUGGAGUCUAUGCCCGUCAUCGCCAAAAAUGCUUUUGUUCCUCCCAGUGAGCCAUCCAAGCCUCAAGUCUCCAUGAUCACCAGAUCAACCAUGACAGUGAUUUGGGAGAGACCAGCUCUUGAUGGAGGCAGCGACAUUGACGGUUAUUACCUGGAGAAAAGGGAAAAGAAGAGUCUCCAGUGGUUCAAGGUGGUGAAAGGCACAAUCAGAGACACCAGGCAGAAGGUCACCGGCCUUGUGGAGAACAACGAAUACCAGUACCGAGUAUGCGCUGUCAACAAGGCCGGAGCAGGGAACUACUCAGAGGCCUCUGAAUUAUACAAGGCCCAUGAUCCUAUCGAUCUUCCUGGGGAGCCGUCCAAAUUGCGUGUGGUGGACUCCACAAAGACCUCCAUCACUCUUGGAUGGGAGAAGCCUGUGUACGACGGUGGCAGCGAGAUCACACAUUAUUUCUUGGAGCAAAUGAAUGCAGAGGAGCGGGAGUGGGCGACGGUCAACCCGCAAGUUAAGACCUGCGAGUAUGUGGUUUCUCACCUCAAACCAGCAACCUACUACUUCUUCAGAGUUUCCGCUGUCAAUUGCAAGGGCAAAGGAGAGGAUAUCAAGAUGUACCAGCCUGUGCAAGCCAAGGACAUCUUGGAGGAGGCUGACGUGGACUUGGACGUUCCCAUGAGCACCCAAUAUACCGUCCGGGCAGGGCGUGAUGUGGAGGUGUUUAUUCCUCUGAAAGGACGCCCCACCCCUGGCGUCACCUGGCGGCGUGGCGAACGCAACAUUGCCGCCGACACACGCUACACCAUCACCAGCACAGAGCGCGCCACCACCCUUCUAAUUCCCAAGGUCACUCGCGAUGACUGCGGCAAGUACCUGCUGGAAAUUGAGAAUGGCGUAGGAGAGCCCAAGAUCAUAACAGUUUCCCUGAAGGUGCUUGACAGUCCGUCCACUUGCCAAAAAUUGAUGGUUAAGAAUGUGACCAGAGGAAAAUUGACUCUGAGUUGGGAGGCUCCUCUCAUUGAUGGUGGUUCACCAAUCACUAAAUACAUUGUUGAGAAGAAAGGCUCCACCAUGAAAGCGUACCAGAUGGUCACGGACGAGUGUGUCAGUACGAGCUACAAAGUGUCGGGCCUGGAGGAGGACAUUGCUUAUUUCUUCCGCGUGUCGGCUGAAAAUGAGUUUGGUGUGGGUGACGCCUGCGAGACCUCGGAGCCCGUCAGAGCCACUGAGACCCCAGGUGCGGUUAAAGACCUGGUCAUGCUUGACUCCACAAGAUCCUCCGUCACACUGCAGUGGACCAGACCCGACCAUGACGGAGGCAGCCACAUCUCUGAGUACGUCAUCGAGAAGAGAAAUGAGAAUAAUGUCAGCUGGACUUUUGCUACAACUUGUAAGCGCUGCACAUGUGAGGUGACGGGGCUGCAAGAGGAUUCUGAGAUGAACUUCAGGGUCUAUGCGAAGAAUGAGAAGGGCACCAGUGACUUCUCACAGAUUGGCCCAAUCACAGUCAUGGAUUUCAUCAUUCCACCCGAGGCGUGCCUCGGUGACUACCCUAACGGAGAGCUGGCUGUUCGUGUCGGUCAGAACAUCCACAUCGAGCUGCCCUUCAAGGGAAAACCCAGGCCUGCCAUCAGUUGGCUGAAAGACAAUUUGCCUCUUAAGGAAAGUGAGAAGGUUCGCUUCAGGACCACUGACAACAAGACCGCCGUUACAGUUAGAGGUGCCCAGAAGGAGCAUGCAGGCCAGUAUACCUUGGUUCUGGACAACAGAACGGUAAAGAACUACUUUGACAUUGAGGUAACCGUUCUUGGGCCCCCCUCUGUGCCCGUUGGCCCCAUCCACUUUGACGAGAUCAAGGCCCAGAAUGUUAUCAUCUCUUGGAAUGAGCCCAAAGAGGACGGAGGCGGUGAGAUUACCUGCUACAGCGUGGAGAAGCGCGAGACUUCCCAGGCCAACUGGAAGAUGGUCUGCUCAAGCGUGGUUAGAACGUCCUUUAAGGUUCCAAACCUGGUGAAGGGAACCGUGUACCAGUUCAGAGUACGUGCAGAGAAUAAAUACGGGGUCAGUGAACCACUCAUCUCCACAGAGGUCCUUGCUCAGCAUCAAUACAAACCCCCCGGUGCUCCUGGAAAGCCAGUAGCCUACAAUGUGACCAGCGAUGGCACGACCAUUCGGUGGGAAGCUCCAGGGUUUGAUGGGGGAUCCCCCAUUCUCGGCUACCACGUUGAGAAAAAAGACAGGAAUAGUCUCCUGUGGCAGAAGGUGAACUCCACCAUCAUCUCCAACAAAGAGUACAGGGUUAUCAGUCUUUUGGAGGGUCUAGAGUACUCUUUCAGAGUCUAUGCAGAGAACAAUGCCGGAUUCAGCCCUGUUAGCGAACAAAGCAAACACGCACUCGCUAUCUCCCCCGUUGAUCCACCUGGCACCCCAGUAUGCAUCGACGUGACUCGCGACUCUGUCACUUUGAAAUGGGACGUCCCCAAGCGAGAUGGCGGGAGCAAGAUUGUGGCCUACAGCGUGGAGAGGCGCCAAGGCAGAGGAAAAUGGCUGCGCUGCAACUUCACUGACAUCAGUGAGACCCAAUUUACUGUGACCGGUCUGUCCGCCGGAGACAGGUUCGAAUUUCGGGUGAUUGCACGGAAUGCCGUGGGCACUGUCAGCCCCCCGUCCAACUCAUCUGGAUACAUCAUGACCAAGGAUGAGAGCAUCUCUCCUGAGAUCGAUUGGUGCCCAGAUCAGAGGCUGACGCUGAGAGCUGGAGAAAAUGUCCACCUUAGCUGCAACAUCACCGGUCGUCCAGUACCACAAGUUGUGUGGUACAAGGAUGGAAAGGAGAUUGACAAGAGGACCAUGAUGGAUAUCGAGAUUACAGCUGGUAUCGGUACCAGCAGCCUGUUUGUUCGCGAAGCAGACAGGAAACACCGUGGCGUCUACACUGUGGAGGCCAAGAACAGCUCUGGUGCCAAGAAAGCCGACGUCACCGUCAGAGUGCAAGAUACUCCUGGACCAGUUGAGGGUCCUAUCCGUUUCACCGGCAUCACGGGCGAAAAGUGCUCAGUCUGGUGGAAUCCUCCGGAAAAUGACGGUUGUGCCGCCAUCACCCACUAUGUUGUCGAGAAGAGGGAGACGUCUCGGCUUUCCUGGGCCUUGGUCAACUCCAAGUGUGAAGCCUGCUCUUUCAGCGCCACCAACCUCAUCAAAGGCAACGAGUACCAGUUUAGAAUAUCUGCUGUCAACAAGUUUGGUGUUGGCAAACCACUGGACUCUGUGCCCUUCGUUGCGCAGAUGCAAUACACUGUGCCUGAGGCACCUGGUACGCCUGAUUCUACGCAUCUGACCGGCAACAGCAUCACCUUGUGCUGGACCAGGCCGAGGUCAGACGGCGGUAACGAGAUCAAGCACUAUAUCUUGGAGAGACGUGAGAAGAAGAGUCUGCGCUGGGUGAAGGUCUCUGCAAAAAGGCCGAUCACAGAGCUCAGACACAGAGUCACCCACCUUACCGAAGGCAAUGAAUAUGAGUUCCGCGUCAUGGCUGAGAACGGGGCCGGUGUUGGGCCGGCCAGUGGUACAUCCAGGCUCUUCAAAUGCAGAGAGCCGACCAGUUCUCCCAGUGCCCCGACGGUAAUCAAGGUUAUUGACUCCACCAAAUCCUCUGUCACCCUGGAAUGGACCAAACCAGUCUUUGACGGUGGCCUACCGAUCAUUGGCUACAAUGUUGACAUGUGCAAGGCCAGCCUCGAAGAGUGGCAUAGAGUAAACAGCCAGAUUUGCAUUCACAACCGCUACACCGCCAAGGGCCUGGUUGCCGGGGAACUUUACAAGUUUAGGGUCAGCGCUGUGAAUGGGUCUGGGGAAGGGGAAUCGUCAGUGAUGCCCAAUGCCGUGCAGGCUCUAGAUAGGCUAACGUCGCCUGAGUUUGACAUCGAUGCCAACUUCAAGCAGACACAUACAGUGAAAAAUGGCGGCACCGUCUCCCUUCACGUGGCUUUCCGGGGCAAACCAACUCCUCUGCCCACCUGGUCCCGAGUGGAUGGCGAACUGCCGGUGAUGGCCGAUAUUAGCAGCACGGAUUCUCACUCGACACUGACUAUUGAGGGCUGCACGCGCUACGAGGCCGGCAAGUACACGCUCUCCCUGGAAAACAACAGCGGGCGCAAGUCCAUUACAUUUACCGUGAAAGUGCUGGACACGCCCGGACCUCCGGGCGCCUUCACCUUCAAGGAUGUCACACGUGGAGCCUUAACCAUGAUGUGGGACGCCCCGAGCAAUGAUGGCGGCUCGCGGAUCCAACACUAUAUUGUGGACAAGCGCGAGGCCAGCCGCCUCACGUGGCAAGAGGUCAGCACCAAGUGCUCCCGCCAGAUGAUCAGGGUAACGGGUCUGGAUAUGGGUGUAUCGUACCUCUUCAGAGUGAUUGCCGUUAACCAGUAUGGCCAGGGGGAGCCUCACGAGAUGACCGACCCCAUCAUGGCGACUGAAGAACCUGCUCCGCCCAAGAGAGUAGACGUUGUGGACACCAGCAGUUCCACAGCUUCGCUGGUGUGGCUCAAGCCUGAGCAUGACGGUGGUAGCCACAUCAGAGGGUACAUAGUGGAGUUCAGAGCCGAGGACAAACAGCUCUGGUCUGUCGCUGGGGAGACCAAGUCCCUUAAGAUGCUGGUAGAGGGUCUGAUUGAUAACACGCAGUACGAAUUCAGAGUCAAGGCCAAGAACGACGCUGGCAUCAGUGAGCCUCAGACAACCUUAACCUCCGUGCUCAUCAAAGAGCCUCGCACUGAACCCACCGCCGAUCUCAGCAGCAUCACCAACCAACUCAUCAGCUGCAAGACCUCCGAUGCCUUCAGCAUUGACAUUCCCAUUAGCGGCAGGCCGGCACCAAAAGUCACGUGGAGGCUGGAAGAGAUGAAAUUGAAGGAGACAGACAGAGUUUCCAUCAAGAACACCAAAGAGAGAACCACUCUGGUGGUGAAAGACAGCAAGAGAAGUGACAGCGGCAAAUACUACCUGACUCUGGAGAAUGCUGCUGGAGCCAAAACCUUUACUGUGACUGUGAUGGUGGUUGGAAGACCCAGCCCUCCCACAGGCCCUGUGGUGGUUUCAGAUGUGUCCUCUGAGUCCUGCUCACUGUCCUGGUCUGAGCCCUCUGACGAUGGCGGCACAGAAAUCAGCAACUACAUUGUUGAGAAGCGUGAGUCGGGCUCGGCCUCCUGGCAAGUGGUCAACUCCAGCGUGAAGAGAACUACCAUCAAGGUCACUCAUCUGACCAAGUACAUGGAGUACACAUUCAGAGUGUGCGCCGAGAACAAGUUUGGAGUCAGCAAGUCCAUCGAGUCUGCUGCUGUGGUCAUUGAACAUCCUUUCGUUCCUCCAAGUCCUCCAUCUCGUCCGGAUGUUGUGACCGUGUCUGCCAAUGCCAUCAGCAUCAAAUGGGAUGUGCCCUAUGCUGACGGUGGUAGCAUGGUGACUGGUUACUGGAUUGAGAAGAAAGAGCGGAAUACAAUUCUGUGGGUGAGGGAGAACAAGCUGCCCUGUCUGGAUUGUCACUACAAGGUGUCCAGCCUGAUCGAGGGUCUGGAGUACCAGUUUAGAGUCUAUGCCAUGAACCUCGCUGGAAUUAGCAAGGCCAGUGAGGCCUCCAGACCAGUGGUGGCACACAACCCCGUUGAUCCACCCGGUCACCCUCAGGUGACAGACAUCACUCGCUCCUCCGUGUCAUUGUGUUGGACCGUGCCCGUCAAUGACGGCGGCAGCAACAUAGUCGGAUACGUGGUGGAGAGGAAAGUCUAUAGUACUGAUGAGUGGGACGACAACCGCUGGCUUAAGUGCAACUACACCACCAUCACGGAGAACUACUUCACCGUCACCAACCUGGGAGAGGGAGAAACCUUCGAAUAUCACGUCAUUGCCAAGAACGCUGCCGGCGUCCACAGUGCGCCCUCUGCAUCCACCGGACCCGUGACUUGCAAGGACGAAUACUCUCCUCCUCGAGCGGAGUUGGACAGCAAGUUGAUUGGCGAGACCAUCAUUGUCACCGCCGGCUCUGACCUUGUCCUGGACGGUGCGGUGGGUGGUAAACCAGAACCCACCGUUUACUGGUCCAAGGGCGACAAGGUCCUGGAGAUUAGCGAAAAGUACUCGCUGACCUACACAAGCACGAGAGCAAUGGCUGUCAUCAAGAACUGCGACAGAUUUGACACCGGCAGAUACAUCCUGACUGUCAAGAAUGUCAAUGGAGUCAAGACGGCUGCCGUCACCGUUAAAGUCCUGGACACUCCUGGGCCUCCAGCUGAUAAGAUCGUGAUCAGCAGAGUGACAGAGGAGAAGUGCACCGUGUCCUGGAAAAUCCCCCUGGAAGAUGGCGGCGACAUUGUCAGCCAUUACAUCGUGGAGCGCCGUGAGACCAGUCGCCUCAACUGGGUCAUCAUGGAGACAGAGUGCAAGAGCUUGUCCUGUGUCAGUACCCGGCUGAUCAAGGGCAACGAGUACAUCUUCCGAGUGCGGGGAGUCAACAAGUAUGGACCUGGUGUUCCACUGGAAUCAGAGCCGGUCAUAGCCAGGAAUGCUUACACGUUGCCAUCAUCACCGGGCACACCGGAGGCCACAGCCGUGGGCAAGGAACACGUCAUUAUCGAGUGGCUGAAGCCGGAAAGUGACGGAGGCAGCGAGAUCAAAACUUACCUCGUUGACAAACGGGAGAAGAAUAGCACCAGGUGGACACGAGUCAAUAAGGCGUACACCAUCUAUGACACCCGCCUCAAGAUCACAGGGCUGCUGGAGGGAAGCGAAUACCAGUUCAGAGUGACGGCCGUCAAUGCGGCAGGGGACAGCCAGCCCAGCGACGCCUCACCGUACAUCCUCCUCAGAGAUCCCACCUACACCCCAGCUCCCCCAUCAGCGCCUCGCAUCACAGACACAACCAAGCACAGCAUCAGCAUGACUUGGACCAGACCCAUGUACGACGGCGGCUCAGAUGUCACUGGCUACGUGGUGGAAAUCCUGGAGGAGGGUUCUGAGCAGUGGUACCGCGCCACAGCCAAGGCUCUCAAGACCAGCGAGUAUCUAGCCGGCGGUCUGGUCGCCAAUAAGAAAUACAGGUUCAGGGUGGCGGCUGUCAACAGCAACGGCACCGGAGAGUUCAGUGAACCCAGCGCUGAGAUCGAGCCCCUUGAGAGAAUUGAAAUGCCCGACCUGGAAUUGGACGAGGACCUGAAGAAGACUGUUUGUCUUCGUGCUGGAGGAACACUACGACUUUUUGUGACUGUUGGCGGACGCCCGACGCCAGUUGUGUCCUGGAGGAAGACGGGCGUGGAGCUGCAGAGCCGCGGCUUCAUCGAGACCACUGAUAGCUACACCAUGUUGAUAGUGGAGAAGGUUGACCGAUACGACUCUGGAAAAUACGUAGUGGAGGCGGAGAAUCCGUCAGGCAAAAAGUCUGCAACCGUCCUGGUCAAAGUCUAUGACACUCCUGGUCCUCCAGCUUCUGUGAAAGUGAAGGACUAUACCAAGGAGUCAGUUGUCAUCACCUGGGACGUCCCCAGUAUUGACGGCGGCGCUCACGUCAGCAACUAUAUCAUCGAGAAACGGGAAGCCAGCAUGAAAUCUUACAAGACUGUCACCACAGAGUGUAGAAAGACCCUGUACAGGGUCACUGGCCUGGAGGAGGGUGCGCACUACUUCUUCAGAGUACUACCGGAGAACAUCUAUGGCGUUGGUGAGCCCUGCGAGACAGCUGAGGCUGUGCUGGUAUGCGAAGUGCCAUCAGUGCCUCUGAGCCUCCAGAUCAGUGACAUCACAAAGUCUUCUGUCACCCUGCGCUGGGAGAAACCGAUGCAUGAAGGCGGCAGCAGGCUGAUGGGCUAUAUUAUCGAAGCCUGCAGGGUGUCUACAGACAGAUGGACCACAGUUGCCACCCUCAAAGCCUCCACUUCUCAAUACACUGUCCAGUCUCUGACAGAGAACGACCAGUACUUUUUCAGAAUCCGAGCCUUUAACAGCAGAGGAACCGGUGAGGCCAUGGAUAUUGUCACCCCCGUCACCAUCCAGGAAAUCAAAGUGAUGCCAAAGAUCGACAUUACCAGCGUUCCUCAGAAGAUUAUCUAUGUACCCCGUGGUAAACCCAUCGAUCUCAACUUGCCAAUUACGGCCAAACCGCAGCCUGUCUGCUCCUGGUUCUUUAAUGGCAUCCAGCUGAAGGACAGCCUGGAGCGCAUCAAAAUCGAAAGCAACGGCAAACACGUCCAUCUCGUCAUCCGCGAGACCACCAUCAAUGACACCGGAGACUACAUGCUGGAGGUCAAGAACGCCAUCGGUGUGGCAACCGAAGUUAUUAAAGCCGUAAUCCUCGACAAACCCGGCGUGCCAAUCGGCCCUAUGAAGAUCGUGGAGGUUGAUGGCCUAUCGGUGACGGUUAGCUGGGAACCUCCAGAGAAGGAUGGCGGCGCUAACAUCAGCGGAUAUGUGGUAGAACAGCGCGAUGCUCACCGCCCCGGUUGGAUCACCGUCUCCGAAUCGGUGACCCGACCGUGCUUCAAGUUCACCAGACUCUCUGAGGGAACAGAGUAUGUGUUCCGUGUCGCUGCCAUGAACCGCUUCGGCGUCGGUUGUUUCCUGCAGUCGGAAGUGGUGGAAUGCAAGAGUGCUGAGACCAUCCCCGGACCUCCGAGCAAACCGGAGGUGCUUGACGUCACUCACGAGGGCAUGACCCUGACAUGGCAUCCGCCGGAGGACAACGGUGGCUCCACCAUUGCCGGUUAUAUUAUUGAGCGCAAGGAGCCUCGUUCUGACAGAUGGCUGAGGAUCAACAAGAACCCAGUGACCAUGACCAGGUACCGCUCUUCUGGUCUGAUCGAAGGCCUGGAGUACGAAUACCGCAUCACUGCCAUUAACUCCAGAGGAACUGGCAAACCCAGCGAGACCUCUGCCAUCACUGUUGCCAUAGACCCCAUAGCGCCACCAGGUCCUCCGGUUCAUCCCAAAGUCACAGACACCACCAGAACCUCCGUGUCUCUAGCCUGGAUGCCACCUGUGGAGGAAGGUGGCUCUGUGGUCACUGGUUACUUUGUUGAGAUGCAGAAGGUGGACCAGGUGGAGUGGACCUUGUGCAACACCACACCCACCAAAAUGUCUGAGUAUACCCUCACGCACAUGCCCCAGGGAGCUGAGUACAAGUUCAGAGUCACCGCCUGCAAUGCUGGUGGCACUGGAGAGCCCGCAGAGAUUCCUGGGGUCGUCAAAGUCCAGGAGAUGCUGAAUCAUCCUGAAUUCGAACUGGAUAGUAGAUAUGAGGAAGGCUACGUCGUGCGGCAAGGAGGAGUCAUCUGCCUUUCUGUGCCGUUUACCGGUAAACCCAUCCCUACAUGCAAGUGGACCAAGGAUGGUCGCGACAUCUCUCACCGGGCCAUGAUCGCCAUCAAUGAUGAUCUGACGGAGCUCGUCAUCAAGGAGGCUCACAAAGACGACACGGGUACUUACGACCUGCUGUUGGAGAACAAAUGUGGCAGGAAAGCUGUGUACAUCAAGGUGAAGGUCAUUGGGCGCCCCGACGUCCCAGAGGGCCCUCUGGAGUUUGACGAUAUUCAGGCCAGAUCAGUUCGAGUCAGCUGGAGACCCCCGUCUGACGACGGAGGCUCUGACCUCCUUGGAUAUAUCGUGGAGAGGCGAGAAGUCCCCAAGGCUGCUUGGUACACAGUGGACGCCCGGGUCAAAGAGAACUCCCUGGUGGUCAAAGGCCUAAAAGAGAAUAUGCAGUACCACUUCAGGGUCUCUGCUGAGAACCAGUUUGGUGUCAGCCGGUCCUUGAAGUCCGAGGAGCCUGUCACCGCAAAGACACCGCUCUGCCCACCAGAACCUCCCAGCAAUCCUCCAGAGAUCAUGGAUGUGGCCAAGUCUUCAGUGUCUCUGUCAUGGGCCCGGCCCCGGGACGAUGGUGGCUCCCGUGUCACAGGAUACUUUGUUGAGAGGAGGGAGGUUUCCACAGAGAAGUGGGUCCGCCACAAUAAGACUCACAUCACGACCACCAUGUACAACAUCACCGGCCUCAUCCCCGAUGCAGAGUACAUGUUCAGAAUUGUGGCUCAGAAUGACGUCGGCCAUAGUGAGCCGGGCCCUGCAUCUGAGUCGGUGGUCUGCAAAGAUCCAUUCGAUAAACCGAGCCAACCUGGAGAGAUCGACGUCAUCUCUAUAACCAAAGACUGCAUAACCAUCCAUUGGUCGCGGCCCGACUUUGACGGGGGGAAGGAGAUCUUGGGGUAUUGGAUAGAGUUCAGGCAGGCCGGCGAAAGUGCCUGGAAAAAGUGCAACAAAGAGCGUUCCAAGGACCGUCAGUUUACCAUGGGCGGCCUAAUGGAAGCCACCGAGUACGAGUUCAGAAUCUUGGCCGAGAACGAAGCCGGGCUCAGCAGGCCUAAGCGCACACCCAUGGGCAUCAAAACCAAGUUGAGCGUCGGCGAGGCUCCGGCUUUGAAGGAAGACAUUCUCGAUGUCACAACCAAACUCGGAGAAUCUGGGACGCUGUCCUGUGGCAUCAUCGGCAGACCUCUGCCAGAGAUCAAGUGGUACCGCUAUGGCAAAGAGCUGAUUCAGAGUCGCAAGUACAAGAUGAGCUCGGACGGCCGCAACCACUCCCUCAUCAUCAUGACCGACGAGCAGGAAGACGAGGGUCUGUACACCUGCAGGGCCAUCAACGAAGCCGGGGAGAUCGAGACCAGCGGCAAACUGCGGCUACAGGCUGCACCUCAGCUACACCCCGGCUUCCCUCUGAAGGAGAAAUAUUACGCCGGAGCCGGCACCAGUCUGCGCCUCCACGUGGUCUACAUUGGCCGUCCCAUUCCCCAGAUUAUGUGGUUCUAUGACAAGAAGCCUCUGAACACGUCCGAGAAAGUGAUUAUUGAGAACACGGAGAGCUACACGCACCUGGUGGUGAGGAACGUUCAGAGGAAGACCAACGCUGGCCGUUACAAAGUGCAGCUGAGCAACAAGUAUGGCACUGCCGACACAGUGUUGCGGGUUGAAAUCCAAGAUAAGCCAUGUAUCCCCGAGGGCCCAGUGGUGGUCGAUGCUCUACUGAAGAGCUCCGUCAUUAUCAGCUGGAAGGCUCCCAAAGACGACGGUGGCGCCAUGAUCACCAACUACAUUGUGGAGAAACGCAUGGCCAAGGAGGGAGAAGUGUGGAACCUCGUGUCCUCUUCUGUCUCUGGAACCACGUGCCGCAUACCCAACCUUGUGGAGAGUGCCGGUUACUACUUCAGAGUUUCUGCUCAGAAUCAGUACGGCGUCAGCGAGCCUCUGGAGAUCCCCUCGGUGGUCAUCAUCAAGAGUCCAUUCGAAAAACCUGGCAUACCACAGCAACCCUUCAUCAUGAGCUCCUCCGAGGACUCGUGUGUCGUCUGCUGGAAGCCGCCAAUCAGUGACGGCGGCGCUAAAGUGUCCGCCUACUAUCUGGAGAAGCGUGAGAAGAAGCAGAACAAGUGGAUGUCAGUCACCACUAAGAAGAUUGUGGAGACCAGCUUCGAGGUCACAGGCCUGAUUGAGGGCUUCGAGUACGAGUUCCGUGUCAAGUGCGAGAAUGUGGGCGGUGAGAGUGACUGGAGCGAAAUCUCAGAGCCCAUCGUGCCCAAGUCCGACCAGUCCCUGCGUGCUCCUGGCUUCAGGGAGGAGAUCCGAGACAUGACUGUCAAAUACCAUGCGAACGCCACCUUUGUUACCAAGGUGACGGGACAUCCCAAGCCUGUGGUGAAAUGGUACAAAAGUGGAAAGGAGAUCCAGGCUGACGGAACCAAAAUUAAAACACAGGAGUUCAAGGGCGGUUACUACCAGCUUGUCAUCGCUGCUGCUGAUGAGAACGACGCCACAGUCUAUCAAGUCAGAGCGACCAACUCUGGAGGAUCCGUCUCCACCACAGCAAACUUGGAAGUCGAAGUUCCUGCCAAGAUUCACCUGCCAAAGGAGCUCCAAGGAAUGGGAGCAGUCCACGCUGUUCGGGGCGAGCGCAUAACCAUCAAGAUCCCCAUCUCCGGAAAGCCCGAACCAGCAAUUACCUGGCAGAAGGGCCAGGAGAUCCUCUCCAACUCUCCAUGUCACCAGAUCAUCACCACUCGCUCUUUCACAUCGCUAGUCUUCCAGAAGGGAGUACAGAAGAUGGACACGGGCUACUAUAGCAUCACUGCCAAAAACAGGUUCGGAAUGGACAAACAGACCAUUGAGGUGAGCAUCGAUGACAUUCCUGAAGCUCCCAAAGGACUGGUGGUCAGCGGCAUUUCCCGAGACUCCGUUUCACUGACCUGGGAGCCCCCUGCCAGUGAUGGUGGGAGUGGCAUCAUCAGUUAUGUUGUGGAGAAAUGCGCCACCUCUGCGGAUAGGUGGAUUCGUGUUGGACAGACGACCGACUGCAGCUUCACCGUCGUCAACAUCUUUGGCAAGGCAAAAUAUCAGUUCCGCGUUAUUGCAGAGAACCAGUUUGGCCUGAGUCCUCCCUCCGCACCGACGGAACCCAUCACCACAAAGGAGGACAAGUCUGUCAUCAGGAACUAUGACGAGGAAGUGGACGAGACCAGAGAGAUCACCAAAGAGGAGGCUCACUCCUUCAAGCUCAAGGAGCUGUACUCCAAGUACACUAUUUGUGAGGAGUUGGCUCGUUGUCAAUUUGGACUGGUUUACCGUUGUGUGGAGAAUGCAACGAAGAAGACCUUCAUGGCCAAGUUCAUCAAGGUCAAGGGGACAGACCGUGAGCUGGUUCUUCGGGAAAUUGAGGCCUUGAAUAUCGCGAGGCAUGAGAACGUCAUCUACCUGCACGAAUACUUUGAAAGUAUGGAGGAGAUUGUCCUCAUCUUGGAGUUCAUUUCCGGCGUUGAUAUCUUUGAGCGCCUUGGAACAAGCAGUUUUGAGCUCACGGAGCAGGAGAUUGUCCUCUACCUCAGACAGGUCUGCUCCGCUCUCAGGUUGUUGCAUAGCAACAACUUUGCCCACUUAGAUAUCCGCCCGGACAACAUUAUCUACACCACAAAGAAGAGCAAUCUUGUCAAGAUCAUCGACGUGGGUCAGGCUCGGCUGCUGGUACCAGGCGAAAACAUUAGAAUGCUUUUCUCGGCACCAGAGUAUUGCGCCCCCGAGGUCCACCGCCACGACUUGGUCACAACAGCCACGGACAUGUGGUCCGUGGGUGUGCUGGCCUACGUGCUGCUGAGUGGUCUCAACCCGUUUGCUGCAGAAUCCGUGACACAAACCAUUGAGAACAUCACCGCUUGUGAGUACGUCUUUGACAGUGACGCGUUUAGGGACAUCAGCAUGGAGGCUAUGGACUUUGUGGACAGACUUCUUGUCAAGGACAGGAAGCUCCGUAUGACUGCCCAAGAGGCAUUGGAGCACCCUUGGCUGAAGAUGAAGAUCGAGCACGUCAGCCGCAAGGUCAUUCGGACACUCAGACACAGAAGGUACUACCACUCUGUGGUAAAGAGGACCGAUACGAUCAUCUCGGCAGCGCGCGUUGCCUACGGCGGCGCCUUCAGGAACCAGAGAGGCUUGGCUGUUGGCAAAGUGAAGAUCGGUACCGAGUACCACGGUCUACGUGCCGGCCCGGUCAUGCACGCCUCUGCUGAGGAAGGUGGCCAUGUUCGGUUCACUUGUAGCAUUGCCAGCUUUGACCAAAGUACACAGGUGACAUGGUACUUUGGUAGCCGCCAGUUACACUCGAGCUCGAAGUACGAGAUCGCGUACAACAAGGGAUUGGCCAGCAUAUAUGUGAAGGACGUUGAAGAGGGUGACGAUGGUGUCUACAGGUGCAAGGUAGUGAGCGAUGACGGUGAAGAUAGCGCGUAUGGUGAACUCUUUGUUGCGACGGUGAGAAGCCUCAGGGAGCACUACGUCAGUCGGUCCAUCAAGAAACUGAGAAGGAGGGUCGACAAAACCGAAAUCCCGUACAAGCCUCCGGAGUUCACGCUACCACUCUACAAUCGCACCGCCUACAUUGGCGAAGAUGUGCGCUUUGGCGUCACCAUUACCGUGCACCCGGAUCCUCGCGUUACGUGGUUGAAGAACGGCGAAAGAAUCAAACCCGGAGACGAUGACACAAAGUACACUUUCCUGAGUGACAAGGGUCUGUACCAGCUGAUGAUCCACAACCUAGACAUGAGCGACGAUGCUGAAUACUCUGUCAUGGCCCACAACAAGUACGGAGAAGACAGCUGCAAGGCCCGUCUCACCGUGACACCACACCCCGUGACAGAGGAAACGAUGAGGCCCACAUUCAAGCGUCUGCUGACCAAUGUUGAAUGCGCGGAAGGGAACAGCGUCCGCUUUGAUAUCAGAGUGUCUGGAAUCCCAACUCCUUCCCUAAAAUGGGAGAAGGAUGGCCAUUCUCUCCAGCUGGGUCCAAAGAUAGUUGUCAUCCAAGAGGAUGCUGACCACCACGUCCUGUGCAUCAGGGAGACACUGCUCGAGGACUCUGGCGUCUACAAAGUGACUGCAACAAACUGUGCGGGCUCUGUGAGUUGCCAGGCAACCCUGAACGUGGACCGCCUCACGUACACCAGAAGAGAGUACAAGAGUGAGGAGGAGAAACGCCGACACGUACAGAGGCAGAUUGAAAAUACCAACAGGAUGGCUCAGAAGAUUGUCGCCACAGAGGAGAUCACUCCUCUGAAUCCGACAGCCCAAGAGGCUCUGAAAUUUGCUGCGGAGAUGUACAAGCCUGCCUUCAGCACCAAGAACGUCGAGGGCGAGUAUGACAUCACAACGGUGAAAUCGGAGACCAAGAAACUAGAAGAAGAACGAAGGAUCUUCAUGCCGUAUGAGAUUCCCGAACCUGUGGUCCAUGACCGCCGAGCUCUGGAUGAGAACAAAGCCAUUAAGCAAUUUGUCGCACUCUCUGACAUGAAGUGGUACCGCAAAUUGAGAGACCAGCAUCUGGUUUCAGAGAGAGCGGAAAGGUUUGUGGCAAAGCGACAAAGACGAAUUCGCCUGUCCAGGUGGGAGCAGUUCUACGUCAUGCCGCUGCCCAGGAUCACCGACCAGUAUAGGCCAAGAUGGCGAAUCCCCAAAAUGACUUUCGACGACCUGGAAAUUGUCAGACCCGCCCGCCGCUCACCAUCCCCUGAAUCCGAGAUAUCGUUCAGAUCUAGGAGGCGAUCUUUGGGUGAUUUGAGUGACGAGGAGCUGCUGAUGAGCGCUGAUGACUAUCUGUCCGCCAGGAGGACCGAGCAGGAGAAGAUGAUGCUGGAGGAUGAACUGGAGCUUGGCUUCUCCGCCUCCCCUGCGGUCAGUCCAGUUCGAAUUGAACGGCGUGUGGUGCGGCGUGAAGAGAGGUCUCAGGAGCUACGGCAGGAAGCUCUGGAGGUGGCGGAGACAAAGAAAAAGCGUACCGUUUCCCAGUUCAUGAGGAGAAGGCGCUCACUGUCCCCCACGUACAUCGAGCUGAUGCGUCCGGUCUCCGAGUUGAUCCGACCAGCUCGCGUGAGGCCGGCGGCUGAGGUGGAAACUGAGCUCGUAGAGAGGAGAUCCCCAACGCCAGAGAGAACUCGCCCCCGGUCUCCGAGCCCCAUCAGGUCUCUUGAGAGGUCCUCCCGUUCCUCCUCUCGGUUUGAGCGCUCUGCCCGCUUUGACAUCAUGUCCCGCUAUGAGGCCAGAAAGGCAGCUCUGAAGUCUGAGAGGACCUAUCAGGUGGUUAGUCAGUCACCUUUCAGCCUGGAUCACGGCCCCCGCGUCACCGUCAGGAUGCGCUCUCACCGUGUGCCGCUCGGCCAGGACACCAAAUUCACUCUGAACAUCCAAGCCAAGCCAGAGGCCGAGGUCAAGUGGUUCCACAACGGAUAUGAAAUCUCUGAAACCAGCAGCAAAUACAUCUUUAGCAACAUGAGCGGAGUUCUGACCAUCACCAUUCUGGACUGCCAGGAGGAGGACAGCGGCACAUACCGCUGCUUCUGCUCCAACGCCAGAGGAGAAGCCUCGGAUUACGCCACCCUGGAUGUGGCAAGCGGUGACUAUACCACUUUCUCAUCCCGGCGCAAGGAUGAGGAAGUUCCGAAAUCACUCGUCCCUGAAAUGACUCGAAUUGAUCACUACGGCUCGUCCCGCUUCAAGACCGGCUACGAAUCUCAAAGUCACUUUGAAGUGGCAGAAAGCAAGACUACGUUAUCCGAGACACGCGAAGACAUCACUCGUGAAAGGUAUGGGGCAACUUCUGAGAGGUACUCAUCUGCUGAGCGCUACGACUCGUCCAUCAAAUACGCCUCUACGGAACACUUGUCAUCCGCCUCCUCCUUCUCUUCUGAUAGGUUUGCUCUUUCUGAAAAACACUCUACAGCUGAAACUAAGUCAAAGUACUCUGCUGCCUCCGAGCAGCUUUCUGCCCAAAAGGUGAAGCAGUCUGUUGCAGCCAGAUUCCUCACUAAGCCCCAGUCUGUGACCGUUGCUGAGGGCGAGACAGCCCGGUUCUCCUGCGAUAUUGACGGAGCGCCUGCGCCCUCUGUGACCUGGGUGCACCAGGGGAAAACCAUCGUCUCCACCCACCGUGUCCAAGUCACCACCACACAAUACAAGUCCAACCUGGAGGUCUCUUCUGUUACAUCCUCUGACGAGGGCAGUUACACAGUCAUCGUAGAGAACUUGGCGGGCCGGCAGGAGGCUCAUUUCACCUUGACCAUCCGCAGGCCUAUUCCUAAAGCGGUCAAGGGCAUCAAGUCCCCAGAACCGAGUGUGAAGACACCGGAGCCUUCAGUCACAUCGCCACCGCCUGUCAAGUCCCCUGAACCGACUGUGAUGUCACCAACACCUAGCGUCAAGUCCCCUGAACCUGGUGCGAAGGCACCAGCACCAAGUGUCCAGUCCCCUGAACCUAGUGUGAAGUCACCAACACCUAGCGUCAAGUCCCCUGAGCCCUCAGUGAAGUCACCAAUACCCAGUGUGAAGUCACCAGUGCCAGGUGUCAAGUCACCAACUCCUGCUGGGAAGACACCAGGUAUGUCAAGUAAGUCUGGUAUCAAAUCCCCUGAACCCGAGGGAAUGAAGUCUCCCAGGGGUAGAAAAUCUCCUGAACCGGGACCUAAGUCACCGCCACUAAUGAAGGCGCCAGAAGCUGAGGAACCUAAAGCACCACGAGGCAUCAAAUCACCUGAGCCUGCAGAAAUUAGACCACCUACAGGCAUCAAGUCCCCAGAACCUGGCCGCAUCAAAACACAGAGAGGCGUCAAGUCUCCAGAACCGUCUGGCAUAAAGUCACCAAGGGGGGUGAAGUCCCCCGAGCCAGAGGGAGUCAAAUCCCCUACCAGAAGGAAGUCUCCACCUCCCGCGUUGUCCCCCAAGAGGGUCCUGUCGCCGCCAGCUGUCGAGUCUCCAACCCCCGAGCCGCCCAAAGUCUUGAGUCAGCUGGCGGCUGUGGCCUGUGAAGAUUCAGUCAAGAUGUCUUGUGUUUGCGAGAGCAGCGUCAAGGAGGUGACGUGGUACUGCAACGGGAGACGUCUUGCCAAGAGCAGCCGCUUUCAGAUGCAGUACUCCGAUGGUUCCUGCAGUCUCUUCAUCCACGACCUGGCCGACAGCGACCAGGGCGAGUACACCUGUGAGAUGACAUCGGAGGGAGGCGUCUCAAAGUCCUCCUUGUCCUUCACCGGACAGGUUUACCAGUCCAUUCGCAUGAAGAUCAACGCUUCCUAUGAAAAGCACUUUGCACUUAAAGGCUCCACCAGGUCGAGCUUCAAGGAGUCGUCCUCGUCCAGCUCCUCCGUGGCCGUGAAGAGAGAAACUUGCACCGUGGAAUCGUCGUCGUCGUCUUUCUCGUCGUCCUCAUCCUCCGCCCAGCGAGCCAUGAGGUCCUCCAUGAUGGAGUCCAGACCCUUUGGCAGCAUGAUGGGCGAAUUGAAGUUUGAGACCUCGUCUAUGGCCAGUGCGUCCUCCAUGGCUUCCGAGUCGUAUGCCGUGAGCUCCAGCAGCAUCUCGGAAAUGAGCUCGCACCUGACCGGAUCCUCCUUCCGGGCCAUCGGUUCGGCUCCCAGAAUCGAGGCGGUGCCCGAGGACAUCAGCAUCGAGGUCGGCAAGGUGCUGACGGUGUCCUGCGCCUUCUCGGGGGACGCCGCCCACAUGGAGUGGUCCCGCGGCGGCCGAAAGAUCCAGCUGUCGCCGGGGGGCCGCUUCCACAUCGAGACCGGCGAGGACCUGACCACCCUCAUCAUCGCCGGCGUGCGGGAAGAAGACGCCGGGACGUACACCCUCAAGCUGUCCAACGAGCUGGGAUGCGACACGGCCACCGUUCGCAUCAGCGUUCGAUCUGUGUGAAAUCCAAAAGAAAUUAACAAACAAAAAAAAACAAAAAAAAAAAAGAAACAGAUGAGCAUCAGCAAAUGACACUCCAAGCGUUCCCUUUUUCCUCAUCUUUUUAUUUAUGAUUGGACUCCACUUGUAAAUAGGAACUCUUUUUGUACCAAACGUGACAAACUCCAGUAUGGCCACUUGGUGGCGCUACUUUUGCAGUGACAUGUACAUAAUGUAUAUAGCCGGAUGUGACGGUUAUGAGGAAUGUAUGCAUCGUGAUUUGUCACGAUUAAUAUCAAGCGAAACAAAGAAACCAAAAAAGGCUUUUGACAGGAGAAAGUUCCAGCCGGAACGAAUACCCUGUUAAACGCAGAAACUCCAAACCGUGUGCCUCAACGUUACGUUGACGUCUAAGAUUGCCUCGGCAGGUAGAGCUUCUCCCUGUCGAAGUUUACUCAACACUAGACUUGGGAGGGGGGGGGAAAAAAAAGUCAACCCCCCUCACCCCACCCAAAAAAAAAA